CGAUCGACGUCUUGGUUUAAAAGGGUAACACGGGGAAAUUUUCCAUUUCUUCUCGAUUAUGACCUGACUCUUGAUAAUAGCAAAUACAGUUUAAUUUAAAAACAAUUGACACCGUAACUAUAGAUAAACCUAACUAGUUUUCGUGUUUCAAUAUUUAUUUACAAUAAUACUUGAAAAAAAAACGAGAAUUUUAUAAAGAGUCCAGAAGAGAAGUAUCAUCUCGCCCAACGAACGAAAUAAAAGUUGAUGUUUUCUCAGUGUUAUCAUCUGUGUUCAUUGUGCGUGUCCAUUGAAAAGAAGGGAUUAGUCUUUAUGAUCCAGUGACUUUGCAUCUGGCAGACAGGUUUAUAAUUCAUAAUUAGCAAUAAUCACUUUCAAAAUGAAGCGGCAAACAUCGCAAAACCAGCAGCAACAGCAAGAACAGAGGCUGAUUCAAGAGCAGUAUACCCAUCACCAUACAGAAAGACAAAUUACGAGACAGGAAAUCGUCAGUCAGCAGAGAGUACAAGGUGAAGUGAUUAUGACAACAACAUCAGCUCCUCGUAUUGUUGGUGGGCCUGGAGAAUCAGCGCCGGUGUUCGAGAAAAUAUUCAAAGAUGCACGAUUUGCUCAAGGAGGAAAUGCCAUUUUUGAGGGGCGAAUUCGUGGUAAUCCUAAACCAACUGUUACUUGGACUCAUGAGAAUAAACCACUUCACCAAUCUCAGAAAGUUCAAAUGUCAUAUAAUGAGACAAGUGGUGAUGUCAUCCUACAAAUCAAUCAAAUUGGACCUGGUGAUGAAGGAGAAUAUACUUGCAAUGCUCGAAACCCUCUAGGGGAAGCUAUUUGUGCAGUUUGCAUUCAACCAGAGGGAUUUGGGCAAAUGCCGAAGCAAUCACAGAAAGACUAUCAGCAGCGUUAUUCUCAAACUACUGAUAAACGAUUCAUUAACGGCUCCACUACAACUUCUACUACUACCACCACUAUUGAAGAUUUCAAAGUGGACACAUUUGAGUAUCGACUACUUCGGGAAAAAGACUUUCGUGAAUCCAAUACUCGUCGUUAUAUUGGGGAGACGGACGCCUUGAUAUCGACUAAUGUGGAGAGAAAUUUAGGUCCUAUUGCACCUCCAGAAUUUGGACAAAAAUUACGAAGUUCAAAAUUGUUUGAAGGUUCUGAUGCAGUCUUUACCACAAAAUUAUCGGGGAAUCCCAAAGUUAGACCAACGUGGUUCAAAGAUGGUCAAAGAGUUAGGAACUCUCAACGUAUUGAAACUUGUUACUCCAAUCAGCAGGCUACUUUGCGAAUUAAGAAUGUUACCCAAGGAGAUAGUGGUCAUUAUACUCUACUCGCUGAAAACCCUCAAGGAUGUACAGCUAGUUCAGCUUAUCUUGCGAUUGAACCAACAGAUCAAACUGAUUAUGUUCAGAAGGAAUCGUUAAAAACAAUUGAAACUCUUGUGAAUAUCGGUGCAAGUGGUGGCCCUGAUAGUGACAAAGCUUUGGCACCCAACUUUGUAAGAACUUGUGUAGAUCGUGAUGUAACAGAGGGUAAAAUGACAAGGUUUGACUGUCGUGUUACUGGUAAGCCCUAUCCAGAAGUAACAUGGUAUAUCAAUGGACAGCCGGCGGUAAAUGAUACGACUCAUAAAAUUUUGGUAAAUGAGAGUGGUAGUAAUUCACUAAUGAUAACUAAUGUCACACGAUCAGAUGCCGGAAUUAUAACGUGUGUUGCCAAAAACAAAGCCGGUGAAACUACGUUCAAGUGUAAUCUUCAUGUGAUUGAAAAGGAGCAAGUAGUUGCACCUAAAUUCGUGGAGCGAUUUACAACGACUAAUGUUAAGGAGGGGGAACCAGUGAUUUUUAGUGCAAGAGCUGUUGGUACUCCAAUACCUCGUAUAAUUUGGCAAAAAGAUGGUGUACCAAUAGUAGCUGGAUCUGAUGUUUCUAUAACAAUCGAUGGUAAUGGAGCUUCAACUCUUGAUAUACCAUAUGCUAAAUUAUCUGAUGCUGCUUGGUAUCAGUGUACAGCCCAAAAUAUUGCUGGUUCAACAGCGACUCGCGCAAGACUGUUCGUUGAGACAUUCAAAGAAAGCACAACCCCGGAACCAAGACGCUUGAAUUUACCUCGACCGACUAAAGUUAUCGAACCAGAACCUGCACCUGGCCCGGAAGUGAUUUACCUGAGACACGUAGAACGUGCCAAACCCCAUCUGCCUCCUGCUGAACAAGAUAAAAUUUAUCCACCUCCAUGUUUUAUUGUUCCAUUGAAGGAUAUACAUCAAAUUGAAGGUGGGCGUAUUCACUUCGAGGCCAGAAUCGAACCGGUGGGCGACCCAACAAUGAGGGUCGAAUGGUACGUCAAUGGAAGAUCUCUGGAAGCUAGCUCUCGAGCUACAGCCCUCUUUAGAUUCGGCUUCAUCUCAUUGGAGUUGAUUAGCGUACUUCUUCAAGAUAGUGGUGAAUAUGUCUGUCGCGUCGUAAGUUCUUCUGGCUUUGUCGAAUCGCGUGCUAAUGUCAGUAUUACUGCGCGUGAGACAAUCGAACAAACUAGUCAACAUCCAGACAGUCUACAUUACAUUCAACAGCUUGAGGAUUCCUCCAAGUAUCAAAGACAAGAAAGUGUAGAAGAAGUUUCAUCUCAACGACCCGUAUUUAUUCGGCCACUGCAACACCUUGGAGAAUUACAAGAAGGGAGAAAUGCACAUUUUGAAGCUCAAUUAACUCCCGUCAGUGAUCCUACAAUGAAAGUUGAGUGGUACAAAGACGGAAAACCAAUUACAGCUAGUUCAAGAAUCACGACAAUCUUCAACUUCGGUUACGUCUCAUUGAACAUCAUGCACCUACGGGUUGAAGAUGCUGGUUCUUAUUCAGUACGAGCUGUGAAUCGUUCAGGAGAUGCAAUAAGUAAUGGAUCUCUUCAUGUCUUUGCUCGCACCAGUGUAACAAGUGAUCUUGGAAUACCUGAACAACAGAAAUAUAUUGAAGCUACGGAAGAGCUGGAAGCUUAUCAACAAAAUUUGCAUAAAAAAUAUGUAAUGGAGCAACCAGAACUAACGAAUCCACCGGAAUUUAAAUCACCGAUUAAAGAUCAAAUUAAUAUUCGCGAAGGGGGAUUUUCUCAUUUUGAGGCUCGUUUAGAGCCAGUGAAUGAUCCCGAUCUUAGAGUUGAAUGGCUCAAAGAUGGUUGCCCAGUAGAAGCUAGUUCGAGAAUAACGACAUUUUUCAACUUUGGUUAUGUUGCACUCACUUUAAAACACGUUACAAUCCAUGAUGUUGGUAUGUAUACGUGCCGUGCUUACAACAAAGUAGGGGAAGCCCGUACCAGUGCUCAACUGAGCGUAAUAAAUAAGAAUGACAUAAUUUAUGAUAGCCAGCAUCCGCAGGGUUUACAAAAAAUUCAAAAUCUCGAAGAUUCUAGCCGUUAUUCACGUCAAGUCCGAGAAGAUAUCCAAGUAAUUGAAAAACCUCGGUUCUUAGGAUCUCUAAAAGGCACAAAUAAAAUUGUAGAGGGGCAACGAGCCCAUUUUGAAGCACGAGUAGAACCCCAAAGCGAUUUAACGAUGAAAAUUGAAUGGUAUCAUAAUGGUAAAUCCAUUAGUGCUGCUAAUAGGAUACAAACAUAUCACGAUUUUGGCUAUGUUGCUAUUGACAUACUUCAGGUGCGCCCUGAAGAUGCUGGUACUUAUACAGUGAUAGCCAGAAAUGCAUCUGGUGAAGCUAGUCUUCAAGGAACAAUGACUGUUGAAACACGCCAUGAUAUUGACACCAGCAGCGUUCAUCGUGGAAUUUAUGAAAAGACUCAACGUCUAGAAGAGUCGAAAUUUGUUGAACCUCAAUAUAACAUCGAAGAAAUUUCUAAAUCAAAACCUAUAUUCAUUCAACCACUCAGUGAUCCAAAACCAGUGAGUGAGGGAAAAAAUAUUCAUCUCGAAUGUCGCUUGGAGCCCAUGGGCGAUCCUACAAUGCGUGUCGAAUGGUUUCACAAUGGACGUCCAGUAACAGUUGGCUCCAGAUUUCGAACUUAUUAUGACUUUGGUUUUGUAGCACUCGACAUUGUCCAUGCAAUUGCAUUAGAUUCUGGUGAGUACACUGUUAGGGCGACAAAUCAUCUUGGCAGUGCUCACACUUCUGCUUGUGUUAGAGUUAUUGCUAAAUCAGACAUUGUAACUGAUACACAAAAUGAACAAUCCCUCGAACAAAUACAAAUGUUAGAAGAUAGUUCCAAAUACCGCAGACAUAUUCAAGAGGAUGUCACAGUUGUUCAAGCUCCGCAAUUUACGCGACCGCUUCAUAAUAUUGAAACUGUAGAAUUGACGAAUGUACAUCUUGAGUGCCGCCUUCAACCGAUUGGCGAUCCUUCAAUGAGAGUUGAUUGGUUUGUCAAUGGUCAAGCUGUAACGACUGGUCAUCGCUUCCGACCGUCCUAUGAAUUUGAUUAUGUAGCUCUCGAUAUACUUGGAGUUUAUCCUGAAGAUUCAGGAGUUUAUACAUGUCAAGCACGGAAUCAACUUGGUGAAGCUGUAACUUCAUGCUCAGUACGGGUUCAUGCUAAACAAAAAUUAUUAUUGGACAGUCAACAUCCUGAGGGAUUAGAGAGAAUUCAAUAUUUGGAGGAUUCCUCCAGGUAUAAGAAACGCGAUAUUAUUGAUGAAUGCGUCAAUGUCAAACCUAAAUUCAUUACUACACCAAAGAAUCAAGAGAAUCUUCGAGAAGGUCAGCAUGCACACUUUGAAUGCAAACUCGAGCCAGUAACAGAUUCCAAUUUGAAGGUAGAGUGGUUCAAGAAUGGACGUCCAGUCACAAUAGGACACCGAUUCCGCCCCAUUCACGACUUUGGUUAUGUAGCACUUGAUGUAAUUGAUUUGAUUGCUGAGGAUUCCGGAACUUAUACAUGCCGGGCGGUAAAUCUUGUUGGCAGUGAUGAAGUUACUUGUGUCUUGACUUGUCGUUCAACAGCGCAAAUUCUCACUAAUACUCAAAAUGAAAUGGGAUUAGAGCGAAUUCAUUAUCUUGAGGAUCGUUCUAAAUAUCGUCGUCAUGAAGACAUUGAAGAAACUACAACUCAGGCGCCGAUUUUCACAACAUCUCUUAAGAAUGUAGAAAUUAAAGAGGGUCAACGUGCGCAUUUCGAAUGCCGACUUAUUCCUGUUUCUGAUGCAACAAUGACAGUUCAGUGGUUCCACAAUAAUAUACCAGUCAAAGCUGGCUCACGAUUUGUUGAAACCAAUAGUUUUGGAUUUGUUGCAUUAGAUAUUAUGUAUGCUUACCCCGAAGAUUCGGGUACCUAUACAUGCCGGGCAAAGAAUGCCAUUGGGGAAGCUAUGACAUCGGCAACAGCAGUUGUUCAUUCAAAGAAAUCAAUUUAUAUGGAGUCUCAGCGCGAACAAGUGCUACAACGUCUUCAACAUUUAGAAGAUAGUUCGAGAUAUCAAAGAAGGCAAGUGCAGGAGGAAAAAGUGAGCCAAGCACCAGUGUUCACAAUGCCAAUAAAAGAUCUCCGGGUAGCUGAGAACCAAGCUGCACACUUUGAAGCACGAGUCAUUCCUGUAGGUGACUCUAGACUGAAGGUUGAAUGGCUCCGUAAUGGUGUACCCAUUGAAGCCUCUAAUCGCAUUACUACGAUGCAUGAUUUUGGAUAUGUUGCAUUAAAUAUGAAAUAUGUUAAUCCCGAAGAUUCUGGAACUUAUACAUGCAGAGCUAUUAAUGAUCUCGGUGAAGCUGUGACAUCUGCAACAUUAUUUGUACAAUCUAAAGCAGCCCUUCAACUUGAGUCACAACAUGAAACAGCAUUAUCCAAAAUUCAACAUCUUGAGGAUACAAAUAGAUAUCAAAGGUGUGAGGAAGAGGAAGUAACUACUAAUGAAAAGCCUCGUUUUACAGUUAAAUUGAAUGGACCAACAAAUUUAGUAGAAGGACAAAGCGCACACUAUGAAUGUCGCAUUGAACCUUAUCCCGAUAAUACAAUGAAAGUGGAAUGGUUUCACAAUGGUAAGCCAUUAUCAACCGGUCACCGAUAUAGAACAACAUGUGAUUUUGGGUUUGCAUCGCUGGAUGUAUUGACUGUUUAUCCUGAAGAUUCUGGCACAUACAUUUGCCAAGCUACAAAUAAACUCGGAUCCGAACAAAGUUCUAUCCAACUCUCCGUUAAAUCUCGAGCAUCAAUUAGCCAUGAAACUCAACAUGAAAAUGCUUUAAAGAAAAUCCAAUAUCUUGAAGAUGACUCACGAUACAAACGCGUUGAUCGUGAGGAGACUGUAAUUGCUGAAAAGCCGAAAUUCGGCCGACCUCUGAAAAAUAUUGAACAUUUGGCUGAAGGCAAGAGUGCUCAUUUAGAGGCUACUCUAACUCCUGUUAAUGAUCCAACUAUGGUUGUAGAAUGGUAUCGAGAUGGAAAACCAAUACCGCAAGGUCAUAAAUUUAAAACUACUUAUGAUUUUGGAUAUGUGGCGUUGGAUAUAUUAUAUGCAUAUCCAGAAGAUUCUGGUACUUAUAUGUGUAAAGCAAGAAAUGCUGCAGGAGAAGCUGUUACAACUUGUGUCAUUGGUAUUGAUUCUAAACAAUCUUUAUAUUUAGAUACUUUGGAUUCUCAAAGACUGGAAAAGAUUCGUCAACUCGAAUCAGUUGAAGUGAAGGAAAUCGUUGAAAAAGAAAUAGUCCACCAGAAACCAGUGUUCUUGACAGCUUUGAACAAUUUAGAUCAUUUAAAAGAAGGUGAACACGCUCAUCUGGAAUGUCGGGUCGAACCAUUGAAUGAUGCUAAUCUUCGAAUUGAAUGGUUUGUCAAUGGUAUUGCGGUGAAAACUGGACAUCGUUUUCGUAAAACUCAUGAUUUUGGCUACGUUGCUUUGGAUAUUCUCUAUGCAUACUCAGAAGAUUCCGGUACAUAUAUGUGUAAAGCAACAAAUCUUGCUGGUGAAGCUGUUAAUACAUGUACGAUAAAAGUAGGUUCCCGUCGGAAUAUACUUUUAGAUACUCAACAUCCAGAUGGAUUGGAAAAGAUUCGUGAACUUGAAGCUCAAGGACAUCCAGCUCGAUUGGAAAUAGAAGAGCCACUAUUAUCACCACCACGAUUUAUAACAGAAUUGCGUGGAACUAGCCAAAUAUAUGAGGGUCAAACAGCACAUUUCGAGUGUCAAAUUGAACCAUUACAUGAUGCUAAUUUACGUAUUGAAUUUUACCACAAUGGAAAACCUCUCCCUUCGGCGUCUCGGUUACAUAUAACAUUUGACUUUGGUUAUGCCGCACUAGACAUAACUCAUGCUGUACCAGAAGAUGCUGGUGAAUAUUCAGUUCGUGCAAUCAAUGCUUUAGGACAGUGUGAAUCAUCAAUUAGCCUCGUUGUCAUUCCGCGAGAUGGUAUUAUUCAAGAUUCUCAGAGACCUGAGGGUCUUGAAAAGAUUCGUGAAUUGGAAUCACAUGAACCUUGGAAAAGACCAGAAAUAACGGAAGCUGUUACUAAACAACGACCUGUAUUUACUCAGCCGUUGCAAAAUAUUGAUAGAAUUAUAGAAGAUCAUACAGCUCAUUUUGAAUGCCGUUUGAUACCAGUUGGGGAUUCAUCUCUCAAAGUUGAAUGGUUUAGAAAUGAAAAACCUCUGCAGGAUAGUUCUCGAAUAACAAGAGUUCAUGAUUUUGGAUUCGUUUCGUUGGAUAUUGGACAUGUACGAGAAGAAGACCAAGGAAUUUACAUGUGUCGUGCAUCUAAUCCACUUGGUGAAGCAGUUACAACAGCUUCAAUGACAAUUCAAGGUAAAGCUAGUAUUUUACUUGAUACACAACAUCCUGAAGCACAACAAAAAAUUGCACAACUAGAAGCUGCCAAGCCCAUGCGGCCUGAUGAACCUGACAAGAAAUUCGAUAAGCCAAUUUUUACACAAUUGUUAAUUGGUCCUAAUGAAUUAUGGGAAGGACAAAUUGCACAUUAUGAAUGCCGUGUUGUACCUGUUGGAGAUCCUAAUCUUCGAUUCGAAUGGUAUAUAAAUGGUGUAGAACUCAAGAUGGGUUCUCGUUUUCAUAUGAAUCACGACUUUGGAUUUGUUACAUUGGACAUUUCAAAUGUAAUAGCUGAAGAUUCAGGUGUAUAUUCGUGCAAAGCAAUAAACAAUUCCGGUGAUGCGGUGUCAUCAAUAUCUUUAAAGGUUAAAGCUAAAUCUGCCAUUGAUAAAGACUCCAUUCAACCCGAUGCCUGGCAGAAGAUUCAACUCAAAGAAGCAGAAAUGAAUAAAGUUCCUGAAAUGUUUAUUGAUACAACUCCACAACAGGCACCAGUUUUUACAACUCACCUAAAGAGUUAUGAUAAAUUGCAGGAAGGCCAGCAUAUAUAUUUAGAAGCACAAAUUGAACCACGUGCUGAUCCUCAUUUACGUACUGAAUGGUUCAAGAAUGGUGUUUCUCUUCAAACUGGGACUAGACUGCGUAGUACAUUCGAUUUUGGCUUGGUGACUCUUUCUAUUAAUGGAUUGAGAGCCGAUGAUUCAGCAAUUUAUACAUGCAGAGCUACGAAUUUACUUGGUGAGGCAGUAUCAACGUGCAGAUUAAAAAUUGAUGAUCGCCAUUGGCUUUUAGGUGAUACUCUACAUCCAGAUGCUCUGCCAAAAAUUAGUAAAUUAGAAGAACCUAUAGUGGGACUAAUUGAACAAUCUGAGCCAACUUAUGAAGAGCCUGUAUUUAUUACUCAUUUGAAUAAUGUUGAAUGUACAGAGGGCGAUAAUAUUCACUUUGAAUGUAACGUUGAGCCGUCGAAAGAUCCAACAAUGAAAAUUGAAUGGUUUAUCAAUGGUAAACCUAUUCCAACUGGUGCCAGAUUUAAAUCAACAUAUGAUUUUGGUUAUGUUGCAUUAGAUAUCAAUCAUACAUAUGAAGAGGAUUCUGGUGUAAUUACAGUAAAAGCUACCAAUUCCAAGGGUUCUGCAUUAACUACAGGAACAUUGAAAUGCACAAGUAAACAGAAUAUUUAUCUACAGACUCAGCAUCCUCAGGGUGAAGCUGGUUUAGAAAAAAUCCAGGAAGCUGAUGAAGCAAUGCGAAUGAAAUCCAAACGACCUGAUGAUGCUCCUGAUCAUGAAUUUGGACAGCCUAUUUGGACAGUACCACUGCAAUCCGAAUUCAAACUCAGCGAAACCGAUGCUCUACAUUUGGAAGGCCAAGUAGAACCAAAAGAUGAUCCGAAUCUCAAAAUUGAAUGGUAUUUCAAUGGUAAAGCAUUAGCUCAUGGUACACGAUAUAAAAUGACUAGUGACUUUGGUUUUGUCACAUUAGAUGUUUGUGAUGUUUAUGAGCGAGAUACGGGAAUUUAUACGUGCAAAGCUUACAAUAAAUCUGGAGAGGCUUUUACCUCGACAACAGUAUUUUGUUCCAGUAAUGAAAAUAUUAUUGAAAAAUCACAACAUCCGAAAGGUAAAGAGGGGCUUGAAGCUAUUCAGGAUCUUGAAGAAUCUCUCAAGAGGCAAGAAAAAAAGCCAGCAGAAGUCGAUGAAGCUCAUCCACCAGUUUUUACAUCGCAAUUUGAAAAUCUUAUGAAUUUAUCAGAAGGAGAAAUUGCCCAUUUCGAAGCAUCUUUAACACCCACCGGUGAUCAAACAAUGAAGGUUGAAUGGUUUUAUAAUGGUAAAACACUUGAAGCUAGUCAUAGAACGAGAACAGUAUAUGCCUUUGGUAUGGUUGUACUAGAAGUUCUUGGAACUAAAAUUGAUGAUUCAGGAAUUUACUCGUGUCGUGCUACAAAUAAAUGGGGUACUGCUGAAAUUUCCGUCAAAUUAGAGUGUGUUGAUAAGUUUAAGGGUCAAAAGCCGAAAUUUACAACCCACAUACAAAGCCUUGAGGGACUGAAAGACGGUCAAUCGGUACAUUUCGAGUGUACAUUGAUACCAGUUGGUGAUCCUAAUAUGAAAGUUGAAUGGUUUCACAAUAGUAAACCUUUACGUCACUCUUCGCGUUUCAAGAUGGUUUCUGAUUUUGGUUUUGUCGUGAUGGAUAUUGCUGGUGUUAUGUCGCACGAUAGCGGUGAAUACGUUUGUAAAGCUAGUAACAAAUUUGGCGAAGACUUUACAAAAGCUACCAUCAAAUGUUUUGGAAAGAGCGGUGUUUAUUUAGACUCUCUACAACCAGACUCAUUAGCAAAAAUUCGUGAGCUCGAAGCAUACAGCGGUGAACAGUCUCAUAUUUCCACUAUACCGAGUACAGAACCUCCGAAAUUCAUCACUCAUAUAAAAGAUAUUACAAAGCUAAUUGAAGGACAAUCUGCUCACUUCGAAGCACGUUUAACACCAGUCACUGAUCCAGAGCUCAGAGUUGACUGGUAUUACAAUGGCAAAAAAUUACCACAUGGACAUCGUUAUAGAACUUUCCAUGAUUUUGGGAUUGUUAUUCUUGAUAUUCUCUAUUGUUACGAAGAAAAUUCAGGUAUUUAUGAAUGUCGAGCAAUCAAUAAAUACGGCGAGGAUGUUACAAAAGCAACAUUAGCUUGUCAAUCUAAAACGAAUUUGAUUCUUGAUUCACAAUUGCCAAGAGGUAUGGAAAAAGGAUUGGAAAAAAUUCAAAAUCUUGAGGACUCCUUGAUAAAGAUGAAGGAUGAAAAAGUAAGUGAGGAACGUGGAAAAGCACCAGUAUUUGUUGUUCCUUUGAGUAAUAUAGAUGAACUACGAGAGGGAGAAAGUUCCCACUUUGAAGCACGCUUGAUUCCAACUGAUGAUCCAAAACUAAAAGUCGAAUGGUUUUGGAAUGGUAAACCUCUUCGGACAGGUUCACGUUUCCGGACAUUUUGUGAUUUUGGCUUUGUCAUUUUAGAAAUAUCGCCAAUCUAUCCCGAAGAUUCAGGUGAAUAUAGUUGUCGUGCUAUCAAUGAAUUUGGUGAGGCAGUUACAACUUGUUCAAUGAAAUGUACCGGUAAACGAAGUAUUAUUCUUGAAUCACAACUACCAAAAGGAAUGGAGGGGACUAUUGAUAAAAUAGCUGAAUUGGAAGGUCUUGGUAGUGAAUUGAAUCAAACAGUAUCGGAUGAUGAUACCGGUAGACCGCCUGAAUUUAUUACUAGCCCGUCUGAUUUAACAUUGAGUGAAAAUUCACUGGCUCAUUUUGAAUGUAAAUUAUUGCCUGUCAAUGAUUCAAGCAUGAGAGUUGAAUGGUUUCACAAUGGAAAGCCACUCAAUGCAGGGACUAGAAUCAAAACAAUUCAUGAUUUUGGUUUUGUUAUUCUUGAAGUGUCCAAUUGUUAUCAGCGUGAUUCAGGCUUAUAUACUUGUAAGGCUACAAAUCGCCAUGGUGAAUCUACGAUAUCUUGUAAACUUCAAGUACGCGGACGCCAAGGUAUAAUACUGGAGCCUCAAUUACCACCAAAUUUCAAAACUGGAACUGAAAGUAUUCAAAAAUUAGAGGAAGCUCUUUAUAAAAAGGAUGAGUUGACAGCUGAAGAAGACACUCCUAAUCCUCCGAAAUUCAUAAUUGAAUUGAAAGACAUAGAAGUAGAAGAGUCCGCGCCCAGUCACUUUGACUGCCGAGUUGAGCCAGUAGGUGAUCCAACAAUGCGAAUUGAUUGGUUUCACAAUGGUAGACCAUUUGCUACAGGCUCUCGUGUUCAUCAAAUCAAUGAUUUUGGAUUCAUCUCUUUAGAUUUAUCUUAUACUUAUGCUAGAGAUAGUGGAGAGUACGUAUGUCGUGCAACGAACAAAUGGGGAUCAGUUAAAACCAAAGCUACUAUAAUUUGCAAAUCUAAAAAAACCAUUGAUUUUGAUUCACAAUUACCCUCCGGAAUGAGUAGUGAAAAACUCAAAGAAUUGGAGCGUGGACCAGUGAGCGAGCCAUUACCAGUCGAGGAGUUACCUCGGGUACCACCGAAAUUCAUCACUCACAUUCAGUCAGUUACAGUUGAAGAAUCUGAGCCUGUACGUUUUGAAUGUCGAGUAGAACCCAAGGAAGAUCCAACUUUACGUAUUGAAUGGUACAGAAAUGGCAAACAAAUACCUGCUGGCCAUCGUUACAAAGCUAUCUAUGAUAUGGGCUUUGUAUCAAUGGAUAUUCUCUACGUUUAUCCAGAAGAUUCUGGCGAAUAUGUUUGUAAAGCUAUCAAUGAUUGGGGAGAAGAUAUCACUAAGGCAUCUGUAUCAUGUAAAACUUUACCGAAUAUUAUUCUACAGAAUCAAGUACCAAAAGGUAUGAAAAAAUCGGAAGCCCUUAUGCAAAUGGAGGCCACUAUCAAGAAAUAUACAUCUGAAGUUCAUUUAACUGAGGAUGAUCUCUAUGAUUCGGAGAAAAAACAGCCUCCACGAUUUGUAACUCAAAUUGAAAAUCAAACUGAACUGGUAGAAAUGAAUAGUACCAAGUUUGAAUGUCAAUUAGCUCCAGUGGGUGAUCCAAAUAUGAAAGUGGAAUGGUUUUUCAACGGUAAACCAUUGCCCCACAAAAAUCGUUUUUCACCAAUCUAUGAUUUCGGCUAUGUCGCUAUGAACUUUGCAUGGGUUUAUCCAGAGGAUAGCGGUGACUAUUUAUGUAGAGCAACAAAUUUAUAUGGAAUGGAUGAGACAAAAGCUAUCAUUAAAACUUCUGGAAAGCCAGGAAUUAUUUAUGAUUCUCAAUUGCCAAAGGGAAUGAAGAGUAUUGAAAAAAUUCGGGAAAUGGAAUCUGCCUGGCAGGUAGCUCCUGAACAAGAAAUCGAGGAAGAAAAGACUAGAGCUGCCCCUGUAUUUGUGAGUAAACCUGAACCGGUACAAGUAGAGGAGAGCGAUUGUUCAAGAUUCUGCUGUCGUGUUACUGGGCAUCCUAAACCAAGAGUCAUGUGGUUAAUUAAUGGUCACACUGUUAUCAAUGGAUCACGGUAUAAACUUAUUUAUGAUGGCAUGUACCAUCUUGAUAUUCCAAAAACACGUCAAUAUGAUCAUGGGAAAAUCGAAGUAGUAGCAAGAAAUUCACUUGGUGAGACUCGAUGUGAAACGACGUUGACUGUUAAACCACGCAGUGAUGAUUAUCGGGGGGUUCUCAAAAAUUCACCAAGACCAUGGUACGAUAUUGAGCACACUCAAUAUCAAUCAGACCGGACCAAUACCGAACUAGAGAGAAUUUUUGAUGAACGACACCAAAGCAUGGCUCAAAAUGUAGGCAUAAAUACGGAUCAUCUCAGUCAGAAAGUGUUUAAACAACCAGACACUGAUUGGCAGAAAAAUGUUAAAACUAUGAAAAAAGAAGAUUAUUAUAAUAAAUUGAUGAACCUUGAAGAGGAACAACUUUUGAAAGAGGCUCGACUGAGAGAAGCGAGCCAUCAAUUUGCAAUUCCUGGAGAGAAGGUUAUCAACAGUUCCAUAGCAAAAGGAAUGGCCCAACAGUAUCAAGAGAACUUGUGAGUAAUUGUUGAUUUCUUUUCAAUACCAUUAUACGAUGCAUUAUAAAAUAAUUAAGUAAUAUAUCAAUUUCUUUAUAGGAAAACUGAAAAUCAAGAUAUAUCCGUGUCUAAUAAAGUAAAUGUGAAAAAAGCAUUUGUGACGGAAAUUGAUAUUGAUAAUCGAAGACUUCAAGGGCCUGGUAAACAUCCACCAGGACCCACCGAAUCAGCAGUUCAUGGCCGUGAAGUGCAUAUUGCCAAACAAAAACAAACGCAGAAGGAAAUGAAAGGUGAUACUGAAAUAACACGUAAAAUCACGGCUACUGAAACAACUGAAGUUGAACAUAAAGCCACAACGCAAGAACGAAUUGUUGAGGGGCCUGUUCUACCAUCGAAUCCUCCAGUAUUUACAAAGAAAAUCCAACCAUGCCGUGCAUUUGAGCAAGAGCAAGCGCGCUUCGAGGUAGAAUUUGAUGGAGAUCCAUUACCGAAGAUUCAAUGGUAUCGAGAAGACUUUCCAAUUAAAAAUUCAUCAGAUCUCCAGAUUUACACAUUCAGCACUAAAUCAGUAUUGAUAAUCCGUCAAGUUUUUAUGGAAGACUCGGGUGUAUUUUCUGCUAUCGCUGAAAAUCGUGGCGGUAAAGCUAAGUGCAGCGCUAACCUUAUUGUUGAAGAACGAAGACGACAACCUGGCAGAGGAGGCCCUAUUCCACCUAGUUUUGUUACUACAAUUCAAAGUACUUCUGUCACAAUUGGACAACUUGCUAGAUUCGACGCUAAAAUUACCGGAACCAAACCUAUGGAUGUUUAUUGGUUGAAGAAUGGAAAAAAAGUUGUCGCUGAUAUUCGAUACAAAACGUUGGAAGAAGACAAUACUUAUACACUUCUCAUACUAGAAACGGUAGCUGAAGAUAACGGACAGUAUGAGUGUGUAGCCAUAAAUCGUGCUGGUGAAGCUCGAUGUGAGGCUGAAUGCACAGUGCGGGGACUUAAACCUUCAUUUAGUAAGCCUUCAAAAUUGACGUCCACUCAGAUGGAAAAAACUCCUGUUGUUAUUGAGCCCCUACAAGAUGAAGUUACCAAAGAAGGGGCAUCUGUUGCUUUCACCUGUAAAAUUAGUGGAAAACCAAGCCCCACCGUGCAGUGGAAAAAAGGAGAUAAGAUUAUCAAACCUUCUAAAUAUUUCCAAAUGCAAAAAGAAGGCGAUCAAUGCACACUGAGGAUUUCAGAAGCUUUCCCGGAGGACGAAGGUGUCUAUAAAUGUGUUGCAAAAAAUUCGGCCGGAGAUACCAGUACAUCAGCUAAUCUUCGUGUCUUACCACCGGAAAGUCCUGAUAUACUUCCGAAAUUAACGCCCCUGAAAGAUCAAAUUGUUUCGGAAGGACAACCAGCUCAAUUCAAAACACAGAUUAGCCAUCCAAAAUUGAAGCCAACAAUUCAAUGGUAUCGUGAAGGAUUAUUAAUUCCACAGUCACCAGAUUUUCAGAUGAUUCACGAAGGUAAUAAUGCAGUCCUACUGAUAGCUACAACUUAUGAGGAAGAUUCUGGCACCUUCACAUGUCGCGCUACGACUUCUGUUGGUACAGUGGAAACCUCAGCGAGGCUGGUUGUAAAAAAAAAAGAAGAAGAAGGACUACCUCCACAAUUUACAAUACCAAUAAAACCAGUCAUCAUUGAGGAAGAUGAUGUAGCGACUUUUGAGUGUACUGUUAUUGGCAAACCAAUGCCAGAAGUCAGAUGGUAUUGGGGUGAAGACGAAAUUAAACCAGUUGAAGGAACCGAAAUUACUUUUAAUCCCGAAACCGGUCAGGCGAAACUUACUCUAUUAAAAUCAGUAUCGGAGGAAGAAAAAAUUUAUCGAGUUCGUGCAAUCAACAAAUUUGGAAAAGCAGAGUGUCGAGCGAAUUUGCUCAUCAGAAAUAUAGUUGUUACAUCUCAACCUGAAGUCUUACAUGCACCGAAGAUUACAAAACCACUCCCAGCAUGCAUUGUAGAUGAAGGUGAAUCUUUAACAUUAGUUGCAGAAUUUGACGGUAAGCCGAUGCCAGAAAUUAAAUGGUAUAAAAACGGGAUGGAGAUAAAACCAUCUCAUAAACAAAGUAUGAUAAUACAUGAGAAUAGAACAGAACUCUUCAUUUCUGAUAUUGUUAAGAAAGAUUCCGGCAAAUAUGAAGUUAGAGUUCAAAACUCUCUUGGUGAAGCAAAAAGUAGCGGAUCAGUGACUGUUAAGGAAUUAGAAAAAUUUCCAACUGAUUCCAAUGAUAAACCUCAAGCGCCAUAUUUUGAAACACCCCUUCAACUUCAAAAUGUAAAAAUUGAUGAGGUAGUAAUUAUUGAAGCUACUGUUCAUUCAUACCCUCUGGCAUCGUUUCAAUGGUUCCAUGGAAACAAUCUCUUAGAAGGGUCUACGUCUGUGAGAAUCACUACAAAAGAAAAUCGUUCAAUUCUUUUGAUUAAAAAAAUGACCCCUCAAUAUGCUGGUGCAUAUACUUGCAGAGCUGAAAAUGUAGCUGGUUCUGUAACAUGCACUACGAAUGUCAAUUUAUUGGAAACUACGUGGGAUGAUUCAUUAGAAAUGACUUCACCAACUUUUGUAAAACGAUUAUCACCUAUUCGCGUGAUGGAUGGUGAGGGUGUUGAUUUUUCAUGCAUUUUGAAAGGAAAGCCAACACCUAAAGUUCAAUGGUUCCACAAUGAAAAACCUAUUGAAGAGGCCAAGAGCAUCACUAUCUCACAGGAUACUGAAGGCGUUUGUAGUCUCACCAUUGCCGAAGUCUUCCCGGAAGAUGCUGGUGAAUAUACUUGUCAAGCAAUUAAUCCACUCGGCGAGGCCUUAUCAACUACAACACUUAUUGUUGACGCAUAUGAGUAUGUACCGGACUCUGAAAUUGCAUCAUCGGCAAAUGUGACUUCUCUCAUAGGAGGACAGAGUGGCUCCGAAGAAGAUCUUUUGUUACCAAAGGAAAGUACCUCGUUGGAUAUUCAUGUCGAUGAAUCCCCUCCACAAAUUAUUAAAGAGCUUCCCAAAAUAAUAUGCUCCAAAGAUGGUGAAUUGAUCAGAUUGGAAGUCAAAGUAACAGGUAAACCGAGACCCACGGGCAAGUGGUACAAAGAAGGUAUUCAAAUAUUACCUUCAGAUGAAUUCGAAAUUGAAGAAUUUGAAGAUGGUAGCUCAAUUCUCACCAUUAGCGAAACAUAUCCAGAUGAUACUGGUGAGAUCGUGUACGAGGCACAUAAUGCAAUGGGCGUGUGCACCACAACAACUUACUUAUCAGUUGGAGGUAUUCUUGGAACUAAGGAAUAUAGAAAGCCAGAGUGGGUAACACAAAUGGAAGAGAUGCAAGAAGCUCUGCGAGCUACACAGCAGAUUCCUCGAUUUGUACAUGAACUUGUAGACGCUUAUGCAGUAGAUGGUGAAGAGGUCAUUUUUGAAACAUCCUAUUCUGGCAAUCCCUCGCCAGAUGUUGUCUGGUAUAAAAAUGAUAAACUUCUAAUGAAUACGGAUAAUGUGAAAGUGAAGUUACUUGAUGAUGAGAAGAAAACCACUUUGACAAUUUUUCAUGCAACAUCAGAAGACACGGCUACUUACGUUUGUAAGGCAACCAGUGAUAUAGGCUUAGCUGUAACCAAAGCCAAAUUACAAGUAUCUGGUCCUGGGCAAAGGAAGAAAAAAGAAACAAAAAUAGAACUUCCAAUACAGCAUGAUAAGAAAAAAAAGAUAUCUGAAGCGAAGAAACUCAAAGACACUAGAGAAAAGAUGAAUGUCAGAAAAGAGAAAGUACAAAAGGAAAAAGAAUUGGUGAAAGAGCAAGAAAAAAGGUCAGCAGAAAAACAAAUACCAGCGUAUGAAUCUGCUGAUCUGAUAGAGGAAUCAUCUCUCGAAGAAUCUAAAGCAAAACAUUCAAUUUCAAUCCAUGAGCCAGUAAUAACCGAAGCAACGGCCUCUCUGAAGAAAGUAGAUAAGAAGUCUGAGUCAGUGGUAUUGAUUUUGGAUGAACGGGCCAAACGAGUUGCGGAAGCACAUGAAGCAUUACUCAUUGCUACCCCCUUAGUAUCAGAGGAUAAUAUUUUAGAAUUAAAACUAGAGUCUACAACUGAUCAUGCUGAAAUGACUACUGAUAUGUUUGAAACACUAUCCGUCUCUCAAGUUGUUACAGAAACUAAUAUUAAAGAGAUUGAUGAAUCUGUUCCAAAAAUGAAAUAUGCGCGGAAAACCACAGUUACAAUGGAACGCACACUCGAGGUGAGUGAUUCGCAUAUUACAGAAUUAACUGAAGAUAAACCGAAGAAGAAGAAGAGGGAUAAAAGGCGCGAGCGUAUUGAUGUUACGGUUGAGAAGGUCAUUAAUGAUCAAAAAGAGAAUCUUUCUCAGGCCGUGGAGGAGACAAUGGAUCUGGUGAAUGCCAAAGAAUUUGGUCCUGGUGAAUUACCCCUCAGAGAGCUAGCAACUAUUGGCUUUCUCAUUGAUAAUGGGGUGUCCGUAAAUGAAAUCAAUGAAAGUCUAUAUCAAUCUCAUUAUUUUCCUGCAUUACGAACUCCCGACGCCCAGAAUGCAUUAGUACAAUUAGUAGAGAGGGAAGGACAUGGACCAUUAAUCUCUCAAGUCCUCACCGAAGAAACUACAACUGACGAAAGUAUAGUAGCUGCAACUGUUGGCUUCCGUGCUUUCAUGAGAAUGGUUGAAUUGCAACACGCCACAGUAGAAGAAAUUAUCACUCAUUUUGCUCCGGAAGAUUUUCGAACGAGAGCAUGGGAAGUUACUGAAUUUAAUGAGGGCGAAGUUCAAGAGAAUAUGCAAGAAGUAUCUUCUAGCGUACAAAAAAGCGAAAUUCACAUCAUGGAAAAACAUGAGCAGGAAAGAACUGCGGUAGAACAUGUUCUUCAAGAAAUUAAAGAAUACGAGGACAUUCAGCAAGUACACGAAACACAGCACAAAGAUACAAAAUCAGAAGAAUUCAAGCCUCAAAUUUUACGAAAUCUAGCUGAGGGUAGAAAUAAAAUGAACGAGGGAAGAAUCAAAGAGCAGAUUCAACUUGAGCAAGAUGACAGGGAGCUGUCCAUCAAAAGAAGAGUAACAGAAGAAAGAGAUAUUGAUAAAUUUGAAAGAGAAACUGACAUAAAUGAUGAAGAGAUCAUUACUACUCGCAAAGUUGUCAGAAGACAUGAAACAAAUAAAGAGAAAGAAAAAGAAGAACACGAAGAAGGAAUAUAUAGCAAAAGAGAAAUAAUUGAUAGAAACUUGAUGAGGCAAGGAGAGAUAGAAGAUGUUACUAUAGAAAGAAUUACUCUUAAACCCAAUAGUUCGCAGCAAAGAAUUGACGAAAACUAUUUCGAAGAAGUAAACACUUUGGAAGUUGCUCCAGAAAAGGUUGUUUACUCACUCCCUGAAAAUAUUCCCCACGAAUAUCAAUCAGUACUGUCUUUUUCUAAUGCAGUUCAUCAGGCUGCCGAUAAACCACAGUUAGAUAGAGCCAUUAUAAAAGUAGAUGCAAUCCAAGUAAUUACUACCCAAUCCGUUCCACUUGAAGAUGGUAUAGAGACCAUCGAUAAAGUACAAGUUGACAAAAAAUAUGCAAUGCUUUCGAUACCUUCCGUACAGCCAUAUUCAACUACUGAAACUACAAUUCAAAGCUCAACCGAGGAGUUGACCAAACGAAUUCCAUCCAUGUGCUGUAAUAUUACAGCUAAUAUUAUAUCUAAAGAGGGAAUUCAAGUAACGGAAACACUUUCAAGUGAUGAUAAACUCAUAAAGCUAAAUAUAAAACCUGAACCAACAAUACAAACAGCAAACUUGAAUCUCUCCCUCAAAGAGGCAACAACAGUUACUGAAAUGACAACCAAUGAAAUUGAAGUUGCUGCACAGAAUUUUUUCCAACCAGCUGCAGUGAAUGUUGAAGAUUCAAUACUAUCUCAUAUUGGUUUAUCAGUUUACGAGGUUAAUGAAGGCUUACUGGAAGACAAAUUCGACUCAUCUCAAAUUCUUGUUGCGCAGUCUAGAGUUCUCAUUGAUACAGUUGGACACCUGCAAGUUGAAGAAGUACAACCGGAAGAUAGACCAGAAAAAUACUACCCAGAACUGAUUGUUCCAACGGAAAUGGGAACUUCGAGUUUUAUCCCUCAAAAACAAUUCACUAUUGGCGAAGUAUUUGCAUCCGAAAAAGAAAGAGAUUAUGUUCCGACAGCAGUACCAAUUCAUCAAAAAGCGAAAGUGAAUGUUUCUGAAGGUGGUGAAGUUUCAACAAUAAGUGAACAAAUCUUGCGAGAAACAGUUGAUUCGAUCCUAUCAAAUGAAGAAGUACAUUCUUGCCAAGUAGAUAAAUCCAUUGAUGUAUUAGAAAGCUUAACCAUUUCUACUGUGGAAAGUCAUAAUCAAGAGGGGGAACUGGAAUUACAAAAAAAUAAACAGAUUGUAGCUGACGUGAAUGUUAUAGAGUCAAAUUCAAUUUUAACAAUUGAGACAGUCCCAUCGGAUAAGGAAAUCGAAUAUAAAAUGGAUGCCAUACCUCUUGAAAAAAUAGCCAAUAGUACCAUGUCACUGCUGGAAAUCGGGAGUAUAUCAGAUACCAUAAUUCAAGAAGCUGAAGGUACUUAUAGCGAGAAAGUGACACCAACACUUGCAGUUGCCGAAACCUCCGUUGAUACUGAAACGCAUUUGAACAUUUCUGAGAUUCAUUCAGGUGAUUUACCUUCAGAUUUCUCUGAUACACUUAGAUACAUUACUGAAACAGGGACGGCCUCAGUGACAACUUCAGAAACUGCAAUAAUUCAAGAAAUUUUAACCAAUGAGAGGGAAAAUCAACUGCCUAAAUUAGAAAAAUGUGAAGAGAAAAUUAGUGAAACCAUUUAUGGUCCCCUGAAAAGUGUAGCAAUUUCUCAGACAACAAUAGUGGAUACUGAAGCACAACUUGAGAUAUAUGAUAUGCCUGAGACUCACAAAGGAGAAAUAGUUCCAACACACCAUAGUAUAUCUUUUCAAGUACAAGAAAUAAAGCCUGAACUUGAUCUGGAAAUUCUGAAAGAGCAAUUACCAGCGGAAAGAAAAGCUAAUGUUGGACAAGACCAUUUGAGAGGAAUAAGUAUAGGUAUCAUCGUAUCAGCUGAGGAUAUUAAACCGGUGAUUGAAGGCAUCAUGCCUGAAAGUAAAAUUGCCAACUUUUCCGUGAGCGAAAUUGGAAGUGUGAGAACAGCAGAAGUCAUUGUAAAUGAAACUGAAAAAGAGUACGAAGAAGUUAAGACCGAUUCCCUUAUAGCCACAGCCGCUUUCGAAACACAAGCUGCUAUUGAGCAAUGCACAGUGAGAGCUGAGUCCCCUACCGAGGAUUUUAAGAAAGAUUCUGCGACAUUUGGAACUGCUCAACCAACUAUGGUUCCUCUUGAAAGUGUAACAAUGAUGUUACAAAAUCUUGCAGAAAAAGAGAAUAGUUACCAUGAAGAUCAUAGGCCGGAUGAAAAAGUUGCUGUUAUUGAAAUGACUGAUGUGAAGUCGAAUGCUGUAAUUUCCGAAGUUAUUCCCCAGGAAUUGGAGAAUACGUAUUUCACGGAAAAUGAAACCUGCAAUUAUGGGGCUGUAAAUUUGAUUGAUGGUCAUAAAAUUGCGACACAAUCGAUAGCUUUGAUUGAACAAAGUGCAGGACAAUUGCUCAAGGAUAGUCCCAGAACUCGAAAAGCAUUUAGUAAACAAGAUAUUUUCGAUGAGUUAAUCGUUGUUGAAACUAAUUUGGGAGAGAGUGAAAAAUCCCGAUUAGACGAUUCAAAACCAAGUGAGCAUAAAGCAGAGAUUAACUUAUCUACAUCAGCAAAUAUAAUGAUCACUGAAAUUACCACUAUUGAUAGAGUUGAAAAAUUACUGACUGAGGAACAAUUUCCUGAAAAAAAUAUAAGUAUUCAACUCACACCGAGUCAUGAGAUAUUCGAAGUUUCAGAAACAGUCGUUGCAAAUAAUGUUGAUGCAUUUUCUCACGUACAAUUUGAAAUGGAAAAGGCAACACCUAAAUGCAAUGAAUUGACGACUGUGCAACAAACAGAAUUCAUGGUCACUGAGAAAGAAUCCAUGCUUCUCGAAACAAUCAAACCAAGCCACAAUAAUAUUGAUAUUACUUUUAUAGAGGAGACAGGGUUAGAAAUAACACUGACUAAUUCGCAGGAUAGAGAAGAGGAGCUCGAGAAGGAGAAAAUUCCAAAAAGUAGAAAAGCUUCAGUGCAGUUUGAAAUUCAGAAUGUUGCUUCAAAAUAUGAAAUUCUCGGUGAUACAAACCUUGGUACAUGUGUUCCGGAAAAAAUACAAAAUGCAAAGCCUGAAAUAAGCUUACCAUCAUUACCAAUUGCCGUAGCUGAAGAAGUCUAUACAGCAGAUGCUGAAAGUAUAUUGCUUAAAAUGGAAACAUUUGACCGAAAAGCGGAACUAACUACCGAUAUUGGAGAGAUGAUAACAGUGUCGUUAGUUGAAAUUGGGGAGAAGGAGAGUCCAAUGAAAGAUGAUGAAAAACGUACAUCAAAAUCUGCAAACCUAGAUAUUUCUUCUCAUCCAGUAGCCGAAGCUACGGAAAUUAUGCCCCAUGAUGAUGUUUUUCAAAUGAAAUUGGAAGAUAGUCAACUUGUUAAGGCAGUCCAAAAUCAAAUUCCGUUCAAGAGCGUUAUCAUUACCGAAGCCUAUCCAAAGGAUUCUGAAAGUUCUAUGGAUUAUUUCUGUAGGCCGGACGAUAAAAUUGUAGACAUUGUUUAUGAAGAGGCACAAAUGGGUAUUCAUAUUAUGCAACCUAUAAUUUCUGAAAAGGAAAAGGAUUAUAAUCAACGAGAAAUUUCACCUAUGGUACAGGCCACGACCAAUAUAGAUACCCACAGAACUGCUGAACUCGUUGAGGUCAUUACUUCAUCAAUAACUGAUGAAUUGGAAAGUAGCGCUCCAAUUUUAGCAAUUGCAAAACAAGGCCAUUCGCCAUUAGAAGGUAUCAUUCAAAUUGAAACUGUUGCAUCAAUUCGCGAACAAGAGUUUGCGAAAUCACCUGAUAUGACAACUGAAAAAGCAGAAAUUAUUAUAAAGGAUGGUGGCAAUGUUACUAGUAAUGUAGAAAUUUUAACUGUGGAUAAGGAGGAUAUAUUGCCAAUUCCAAUCAGACCUGCUGAAAAGAACGCUCUCUUAGAAGUAACAACAGAUCGCUGCAUUUCAGAAACAAUGGAAUUUACUCUUGAUUCUUCGAUAGGUUUAUUACAUGAAACUCCACCGGCACUGGCUGUCGUCAGUCCAUCACAGAUUCCCAUAGAAACUGUGAUUAAUUGUAUAACGCAACCAGCAGAGAGAGAAAGCGUAUAUAUACCAACUGUGCAGCCAAAUCAUAUUGUUGCUGAUAUAUCACUUCGUGAAGAUCAAAGUGUCAAUGUUAUCAUGGUAAUCGCGGAAGAUAAAGAAAAUGAUUAUCGAAUGCUAGAAUUGCCUGUAACGAAAAUGGCUCAUGAAGGUUUAUCCGGAAGUUUAAUAGUUCCUGAGACUAACCUACAUAUUAUUGAAAAUAGCGCUGAAAAUUUCACUGAUCAAAGUCCAGAAUUUUCUACAGCAAAUUUCUAUCCUGAAUCCCAUAAUCAUUUAACAAACUCUCAGCCAGUCAUUGGAGAAGUAGAAGAUAGCUUAAUACUUGAAGUGAAACCAAGGGUUCAUAGUGCAAAAGUCGAUGUUGAAUCCGAGAAAAAUCCUAUCACAGUCGCUGAAAUGAUAAUUAACGAUAAGGAAAAUAAAUACAAAUCAGAUGCUUUGGUCAGUACGAAAAUUGCAUCAGUUGAACUUGAUUCAAAACUUGAAGUAGCUGAGACCAAAACCAUAGCGGUGCAAGACGCACUCGCCGAAGUAGAUGGUACGGAGGUGAACAGUCAGAAAGCAAUUUUGACCCACGGAACUCACAAGAGUCUUGUAAUAUCAGAAGAAAUUUCGGUUGACAAAGAAGUGUCAUUCAGUAGAACCGGAGUCAAUUUGAAAGAUGCUGAGCUCACCUUUGAACAGGGACGCUGUGGAUUAACAGUCACUCAAGUAAUUAUUGACGAUAAAGAAAUACCAUUCAACGUUUCACCCAAUGGUAAAACAGAACUAGAAUUUUCAUAUCCAAAAACCGAGCAUAAAGUCGCACUUCAAUCAGAAAUAAUCGCCAAUAUAGCCGCCAGUAGUUUGGUGAUAGAUAAACCCAUUUCAGCGCAAGCAGUGCUCGAACAGAAACCAUUUGAAACAAUUCAACUUACUGAAAACGUUGUUGGCGAAUGCGAGAGGGAUACAAUUCAAAGGAAACCUAUGCUAGAAAUCGCUGGAAUUGGAAUAAAUGAGUAUAAUUCCCUCAUCACUGAAACAUCUGUAAUUCAAGAUCUUGAAAAAGAACUACCCAUAGGUGAAAAAACAAAGAAACAAGCUGCUGAAACGAUUUCAGAAAGUCAACAAGUUAUUCAACAAAGUCAAAUAAUUCCUAGAGAAGCGAUCGGGGGAUUCGUACCAAAAACAAUAGCUGAAGCUGAAGCUAUGAAAAUACAAAAUACAUUCCGAUCUCUUCAGAUUACUGAAACAUUGCCUCAAGAAAUUGGUUCACAUUUCGAAGAAGUUUCUACAUCGUUUAUCGGACAUGCUCUUACAUCUUUAACAAACGAUGAGAGUAUAAUAGUUGAUGAAGUCAUCUUACACGAUAAAGAAGAUACCAUGAAGAUACCGGAAUACAUGGCAGAAGUUGCUAAGAUCAAUUUAACACAAUCCAAUCAAGGGAUAGCAUUGAAAAAUGAAAUAAUAACUGAUCAAAGUGCAGGAUUAUUACAAUCAUUUGAUAGCGAUCAAAAGACAGCGAAUUCGCAACAAGAUACUCUGCAGUCAGUCAUCAUUGCAGAGUUCCCAUUGAUUGAAAGGGAACAAGUCCUUGAUAGAUAUUCAAAACCCAUUUCUAAUAAUAUUGUUCCAUCAGUAGAAAUGGAUCACGAAAUAUCAAUUUCUGAGACGAUUACAAACGAAUUUGAGAUAUCUUUCAAAGAACAGCCAUUAAUUGUGCCAAGAGAAGCGGCAACAAUGAUUGUUACAGAGCAUGGAAGUAUAUUGACAACAGUGAUUGAUUCUCGUAGUAAUAUGGAAAGUAAAGCAGUUAUUGAUGAUAUAUUACCUCAGACAGCUGUUCCGAGUCAAAGUACAUUCGAAUGCCUAACAGUUGUAGAAAAUACAAUUGAGGAGACCGAAAGAUCGUUAAUAGACGAUUCGAAGCGCUCUUAUCAACUGGCUGAGUUCAAUAUUCAAGAAAGUAAGCCAAUUCAAAUAUGCCAAAUAACUACUGGUUAUAAAGAGGAUAAAUUCAGCCAAGUUGUCAUGCCUCCACAUUCAAGGGCCACUUCAGAAUUCAAUAUUCUUGAGGGCUUACAAGAGUGUCAAACUGAAGUAAUUCAAGGUAUUGAAAAAAUGGAGGAUGAAAAAACAAAUAUGUCUCAGGCUGUCAUCACUCAGCCAACUGUGGAGUCAUUGAUUAAGAUUGAAACAACAAUUGGAGAGCAUGAGGGUAUGCUUGAUAAUCAAUGUAAACGUGAGAUGCAUAAAGGGAUUCCGCAAGUAAAUAGCUUAAAUCCAAUUUCCAUUCUAGAAAUAUCAACUAAUGAGAUAGAAAAUACUCUGGCGAUGGAACGAAUACCACACUUUCAGCAGGCACUCCAGAAUAUUUCUGGUAGUGACGUUGUUUUAACCACAGAAGUACAAACAGUUAGAGAAGUUGAAGGACUUGCCGAAUCUCUAAACUAUGAGCUAGUGAAAAGUAAAUUUAACAUUGAUAAUUUAGCAUCACUGGUAGUUACUGAAACCUUACCUCAUGAAACUGAAAAUCCUUUGCGAAUUUCAUCAAUAUCAGAGAAAGAGAGAGCUGUUGUCAAUUUGGAUGGAAGACAAAUAGUAGAGACUUCGGAAGUUGGUUCUGUAUUACUGGCUGAAGACAUUCUAAAGAUAGAUGUACCUCACAUACAGAAGGGUAUACCUGAAAUAAACGCUUUAAUACCAUUGGAAGUCCUUCAAGUAUUGUCCAAUGAAGUUGAAAAAAAUCUAGUGUCAGCUGGUAAAUCUCAAGAGAGUAAUGCCCUGAUGAGUUUCUCCAGUUACCAAAUAGCUGAAACAUCUCAAGUAGAAACUCUACUCAGUACUCAAGAAUUUAUAAAAUCAGUACUGCCAGAUGAAAAAGAAGGAAAUCAAACUAUCUUAGAAUUUCAACCUAUGAGUAUCUCACAAACUAUUUCGGGGGAGUCAGAGGGUCUCCUUCAAGACGAGAAAAAAACUACUGGAAAAUAUGCGGCGACGCAAAUUACUGGUUAUGACAUUGCAGAACAGUCACAAACUUUGACGCUAGGUACUGUAGAAAAUAUUGAUGAAAUGAAAAUACUAGAUCAGAGAGGGAAUCUUCAUCUAGAGGAAUUGUCAUCGAUAACAGUUUCACAAAUUGUCUCCAAUGAAAAUGAAAUACAAGGAUCAAAUUUGGAGAUCCCAGAAAAGAAGAGUGCCGAAGCGCAAUUCGUAGGCUAUAGAGUACCCAAAGUAAUGGAAAUCACAGCCUUGCUCAAUUCUGAGGAAAUCCGCGACGAACAUACUCUAAAGAAGCAAAUAGCACAGUACACUCAUAACGAUAUAAUCCCCAUUAUUGUAUCUCAAACAAUAUCUGCCGAAACGGAAGAGUCACUACCUCACCAAAUUGCCCAGAGCACCAAGAAUGCGCAGAUAUCAGUUGAUGGUCACAAGCUAGUUGAAAUUGAACAGAGCCUGACAUUAACAAAUCUUGGAGAAAUGAACGAACUCAAAUUGAAUGAACAGAAGAGUGAAUUUGGUCUUGAAAAAUUGUCAUCAGUCCAAGUUUCACAAGUCGUAUUGGAUGAAACCGGUCAGGAGCUAAUGGAAAAUGAAGCAAAUAUGAAAAGAGCUGUCUCGAAAUUUUCAGGGCACGAAGUGCCAGAAAUCUCACAGAUUACUCCAUUAUAUACUGCACGAGAACUCACUAAAGAUGUUAUUCCAGAUGUAAAGAAGGUUGAAUCCAAUAUAAGUGAAAUGCUUUCCGUGGAAGUGUCACAAGCAUUUCCAAGUGAAACUGAAGAAAUUCUCUCAGACAAUGAAAAACCCGAGAAAAAAAUGGCUCAUUUCGAUAUAUAUUCACAUAAGAUACCUGAAACCUCUGAAAUUUUGACACUAAAUAGUAUUGCCAACUUUUCUGAUGAAAUCGUUAAAAGAGAAAACAGUACUCCAAGUUAUGAAGAAUUUGAUUCAGUAAUCACUUCACAAAUUGCUGUCAAUGAUAAGGAGAGUAACCUGAUAAUGACUGGUGUACCAAGUUUGCAAACAGCCGAAGCACAGGUAAUCGGUGGUGAAAUAGCUGAAACAUCUCAUACGACAAUAUUAACGACCACUAAUGAUCUGUCCAUCAAUCAACUACCUCAGAAAAAAGUCUGUCAACCCAGUUUUGAACAACAGAUAUUCUUGGUCACAUCGGAGAUAGAAUCGAGUGAAACCGAGGGAAUUUUACAAAGUCCACGAAAACCUGAUUUUACAACGGCAAAAUCUAAUGUCACGGUUCAUGAUAUUGCAGAAACAAUGCAGAUGACUGCAUUAAAUACAUUCCAACAUUUUGGAGAAAGUAAACUGGAUGAAAAAAAAGGGAAAUCUAUUAUUGAGGAGAAGACGUCACUGAGUAUUGCUGAAGUUAUAUCGAAUGAAGUUGAGGGUAUCAUUGGUGAUACUAAGAAACUAGAAAAACAACAAGGAGAAUUUCACUUGAUGGGCCAUAAUGUGGCUGAAUUCAAUGAAGUUCUGACAUUGGAGGACAGUAAUGAGUUCGAAUCCUCAGUAACACCAGAACGGCGGAAAAUCAUGACUGAAGUAGGGGAAUUGAUUCCAUUAAUAGUAUCACAAAUUGUUCACCAGGAAGAGGAAGAAGAUUUGCCAAGUGAUAUAAAGCCAAAUCACGGAUUGGCCGAAACAGGAAUGAUUACUCACGAUACAGUUCAGACUUCACAAAUCAUGACAUUGGCGACUUCUGAAGAUUUUUCAGAUGAAAAAGUCGAUAGGAAAAAGGGACGUAGUACUUUGUGUGAAGUACUGCCAUUGAUUACAUCCGAAGUGCAUUCCACUGAAACAGAAACAGAUUUAAAUGAUUCGGAACAAUUAACAGAGGAAACUGCACAUAUAGCAAUUUCAACACGUGAUGUGGUGACAACCGAGGAAAUUCGGGAAAUAAAUACCGCGGCCGGGCUUGAUUUUGCAAAACUUCCUAAAGAAGUUCAUGGAAAUGUUGAGAUGAAUGUACAUUCAUAUAUUCUUGUUUCUGAGCAACUAGCGAAUGAUACCGAGGGUACAUUUAUUAUACCAGAAGUUGGAAAAGAAGAAAUCGCUCAACAACAAUUCGAUAGCAGAGAGGCCGCUACCGUGGCUGAAACAAUCCUUUUCAACAAUACGCAAGAAUUGCCGGUGAAUAAGAAAUUAGACAGCCAAACAGGAUAUUCGAAUGUUAACCUAUGUUCGUCCAUCGCAGUAUCACAAAAUAUAGUCAAUGAACUGGAAGAAGAAAUUAUUACUGCUGAGAUUCCAUUGAAAAGUGUAGCAAAUCUGAGUUUUACUCAACAAGAAGCUGCUGAGGUCUCAAUGAUUGGAACAGUAUCAAAUGCUGAAAAUUUAAAUCAGCAAAGUGUUCCAGUAAUGAUAACAUCAAAACAAACCUUGGAUGAAUUUUCUCCAUUGACAGUUUCAUACAUUGCCACUAAUGAAUUUGAAGAAGUUCUUCUGCUAAAAAAGAAACCAGAGGAGAAAUCGGUUGAUGUGAAUAUUUCAGGAAGGAAAAUAGCGGAAAAAAAUGAGCCAUUUAUACUAAUGCAGGCAGAGAAUUUGGGAAGAAUACCUCAGGAUCAAUCGAAGAACACUGAACCAAAGCUGGACACAUUGGAUAUUGCCAAUACUUUUGAGAUUAUAUCCAAUGAAAUGGAGAUAGAUCUACCGAAUAGUACAUUGUCAUCAGAGGGGUUCGCUAUCCAAAAGAUGGAUAGUAUUGAAGUAGCACAAAAAACGGAAAUAUUCCCGGUAACUCAUACAGGCAAAAUGAUUGAAGAAAUACAGCCCAAAAAAGAACAAGGGACACAAAGUAUUUCAGAAUUCAUGGCAUUAGCAGUGUCGGAAGUGUUGGAAGAAGAGAAAGAAAGCGUGCUCGCUUCUACUGAAACACCCAUCCAGCAAAUUGUCAAUAAAUCUCUAUCAGGCAAACCGGUUACGGAAAAUACUGAAGUUAUAACAUCUGUUGCUGCAACAAGCUUGAAUAUUGAAUAUGAAGCAGAUGAAAAGGUGUCAUCAAUGUAUAUUCCAUUUACGUCUCGGGAGGACACUCUUCAACAAGUACAGGAAACUGGAAGCGCUUUGAAAAUUCCCGAAAAUGCACCGUUUUCGCAAGCGGAACUCACAAUUCAGAGUUUAAUAGGCAUUGAGACAACGCAAGCCAUUUUGGCUGAGGAACAAACAGAGGAAUUUAUUGAAAGUCGAAAUAGUGGAGUCAUUGCUCAAUUGAACAUCAUGGAACAAAGAAGAGCAAUAAAAUCAGAAAUACAGCCCGAGAUGAUAGCAGUUGAGUUCGACAAAGAGAAUCAAUUUUCAGAAACGAUUCAGGGGGUGCAUGAGAUGAAGCAAAGUAUUGUUGUCACAGAAUUGCCGGUAAUGGAAGAAUCCAAUGCAACUCAAACAGAAGCUCUCAAUUCAUUAGCAGAACUGGCGAAAGUAACAUGUGAAUUCAAGGAUUUACACAACAUUGACGAAACAACAGAAGCACCAGCCCCAGAAUUUGAUCGCACUUUACCUACACAUUACGAUACAUUCAUACAAGAAUACACUGAUUCCACACAUGCACAAAUGACUGACUCCGAUAGCGAAGUAAGCACUACGACAGAAUAUACAACCAAAUUUAGACGGGGGAGUGAAGAUGAUGUUACCUGUGCGAUAAAAACAAAGAAAACGAUCAUACGAAAGAAAACACCUUUAAAAGAUGAAAAUGACAAAGUAAUAAUAAUUGAAGAAGAAUUAGAAGACAUUCAAUCGAAGCUCCCUAACAUUCCCAAAAAACAGUUCAUGUCAAUUGAAGAAGUCGCAGCGGAUUAUGAAUAUGAGGAGAUUAUUCCUUCAAAGAUUGAUGAGAUCGAAGAAGGGCCUGAUGAAAAGUUUAUUGAAAUUCAAGAAAUACCAGUGGUAUACGCUGCUGGAGAGAACAUCAAGAAGAAGAAGAAGAAGCAAACUAGAGAGACGAAAAAUGAAAGGCGGCAAGUCAUUAAAGAACUCAGAGUAGGAGAAAACAAUCAAGAAUACGAUAAAAUAGUUGUGAAAAAAGUUACUGAGGAGAUGAACCUUCAAGAAACGACUGCUACCUCAAUGAGAAGAAGCGUACAAGCAACUCUGGACGAGGCUACUCGUGAAAAAAGUGAAUGGAAUCGAAAGGAAGUUGAUAAACAACAGGUCAUCAAAGAGUUAACAAUGGAAGGAGAUGGUAAAGAAACCGUCACCAUUAUCUUCAAGAAACCUGAGAAAUCGAUUACGCGGACCAUUGUUGAAACCCUUCCAACUAUAAUACCUGCACCAAUAAUUGCAGACGAAGAAAUUCUUGAAGAUUUUACGGUUAGCCAAGUGAUCCCUGCAGUUGGGAAGUCAAUGAAAAUGAUGCAAAUGGAAAUUAUUGGGAAUAAGGGUGAUCAACAACAAGUUACAGAAAGGUCAACUGUGAAAGAACCUAUUGACGAAUCGAUUCUGGACGACAUCGUAGAAACUAUUUCGCCGAUAAAGCCUGUGCAAGCAACGGAACAAGAAGGAUUUCAUGAAAAAGUGGCUGUGAAGAUUAAGCCUAAGAAAAUCACGAAAGAGAAGACUGUCCGAAAAAAAGACGAUGAACUAGUAAUUACUGAAGACCUCGCUGUGAGAGAUGCAGAACAGAUUGAAGCAUCAAGUCCAGAAUACAUCGUGGAGGCUCUUCCAGCUGUGGAACUUGUAACAACAGCAAAGGACAACGAAGUUCGUGAAGAGAUUACCAUAACUCAAACGAUCUCUACAAUCGAAAAGCCGAAGAAAAUUAUGCAAAAGGGAGAUGGUCGAGAGCAGAUAACAGUCGAGUUGGCAGUAGGUGAAGAAGGUGAAAAAUCCGUUACUACUAUUCUGAAGGAAACUACUGAAGAAUCAAUUUCGAAAGACAUCGUGAAAGUUCUUUCUACGAUGGAGCCUGUACAAGCAGCUGAGAGCGGACAAAUUCAUGAAGACAUAACUGUAGAGAUCAUGAAGUUGAAAAAGCCUAAGAAAAUUCCGAAAAAGAAGUAUAGUCAGCAGGAAGCAGAUAAAGAGAGUAUCGAAAUUGAUCAGAUAGUAGAAGCUCUGCCAAAUAUUGAGCCUGUACAAGCAACUGAAAAAGAAGAAAUUUGUGAACAAAUUAGCGUUACUAAAAGCUUGGCUGUAGUUAGUAAGCCAAAGAAAGUCAUGAAGAAGGAAAUCAUUCAAAAGAAAUGUGGUCGUCAGCAACUUAUAGAAGAGUGGACAGUGGAAAAAAAUGAUAAACCACCCAUAACUACCAUACUGAAAGAAGCAACUGAGGGAUCAAAUCCGAAUGAUAUUUCAGAAGCUUUUUCAGCUAUAGAGCCUAUGCAAGCAGAUAAGGAUGAAGGAAUUUGUGAAGGUUUUACUAUUACUGCAGUUACCUCCGCAAUUGUGGAACCGAAGGAAAUGAUACAGAAGAAAAUUAUCCGAAUGAAAGGGAUUCAGCAACAGGUCACAGACGAGUUGACAGUCGACGGGAAAAAUACAGAAUCAAUCAGCCCUAUUCCGAAUGAAAUUACAGAAGAAUUAAGUCCAGAGGAUAUGGAGAAAGAUUUUUUGGCUAUACAACCUGUGCAAGCAACUGAGAAAGAAGAAAGUCGUGAAGACAUGAAGAGGAAGACGAUGGAGUUGGAUCGGCCGAAAAAAAUCACCAAAAAGACAAUCAGGAAGGCAGACGAGAAACUGGGGAUAACUGAAGAGCUCGUCAUGGGAGGUGAAAAACCCAACAAGGAGAUGGUUAACGAAUCUGUACAUGCGACUGAAGAAAAGAAAGUUGACGGAGAGGUCACUAUUAUCAUGACAGAGUUUACUAAAGAAUCGACUACGGAGAAUAUCACGGGAGUUCUUCCAUCAACAGAGACUAUACAAGUAACAGAGAAAGAUAGAGUCCGUGAAGACAGGCCAGUGGAGACCAUAAAGUUUGAGCAGGCUCAAGAAGUUUCGAAAAAGACUAUCGGAAAGAAGAGCGAUAAAUUUGCGAUCACUGACGAAUUUGUAGGGACAGGUGAAGAACCGACUGAGGAAAUAGUCCCUGAUCAGUUAAUGGAAGCUCUGGCUCUUAUUGAGCCUGUCUAUGAGUUUGAGGAAGAGAAUGUUUCUGAAGAGAUAAAAGCUGGAAAGCCAACGAAAAUUACAAAGAAGAAAAUCAUUCGAAAGAGUGAUCAACAUCAGGUUACAAAAGAUUUGGUAGGAGAAGAAUGCGUCACCACUGCCAUGAAAGAACCUAUAAUGGAACCAAUCGUAAAAGACAUUGUGGAUGUUUUUGGAGCUGCGGAGCCCGGCAGUAAACUGAGUAUCACUGCAGAGCUCAUAAUGAAAAGCGAAGAAUCUACUGAGGAAAUAGUCCCUGAUCAGAUAGGAAAAACUCUGCCAGUUAUUGAGGCUGCAGAAGCAAUUAAAAGAGAGGAACUGUUUGCAGAGCUUUCCAUCGCUAAAGAGAUUUCUGCUGUUGAAAAGCCAGUAGAAAUCACGAAGAAGAAAAUUGUUCGUAAAAAACGUAGUAAAGUAGGAAACAAUGAGGAGCUCACUGUGUGUGGUGAAGAACCUAGUGAGGAAAUAACUUUGGAUCACAUGGUAGAGGAUCUACCAGGCAUGCAGCCGGUUCAAGCAACUGAGGAAAAGGAACUUGGUGAAGAGAUUACCCGUACUGAAGAGAUCUCCGCUGUUGAGAAGCCGAAGAAAAUCACAAAAAAAAACAUUAUACAAAAGAAAGGUAGUCAAGAGCGGUUUACCACAGUGUCAACGGUAAAAGAAAAAGGUGGAGAAUCUGUCACUACUAUCCUAGAAAAACCCUUGGUAGAACCAAUUGCGGGAAGCAUUGUGGAAGUUCUUACUGCUAUAGAGCUUGUGCAACCAUCUGAGAAAGAAAAAAUCCUUGAAGACAUUAGUGAGGAGAUUAUCAAGUUUGAUGAGCCUAAGAAAAUCACAAAAAAGAAGACUUCCCAAAAGGGAAGCGUCAACUUGGGAAUCCCUGAAGAGGUAGUCAUGAGAAGCGAAGAGCCUACUGAAGAAAUAGUCCCUGAUCAGAUGGUGGACGCCCUGGCAGUGAUUGAAUCUAUGAAAGCAAUUAAUAAAGAGAUUUCCGCUGUUGGACUGCCGGAGAAAAUCACCAAGAAGAUAAUUAUCCACGGUGAAGAACCCAUUGACGAACAUGUUGAAGUAAAUGCGGAAGAAAAAGUUCUUGAAGAGAUGAACGUUGCUGAAGACAUCUCUGAUGUCGGUAUGCCGAAGAAAAUUAUUCGGCAGAAAGAUGGUCAACAGCAGAUUACAGAAAAAUUAGCAGUGGAAGAAGAAGGUAAAGGAUCUGUUACCACUAUCCUGAAAGAAUCUACAGUAGGACCAUUUUCGAAAAACAUUGUGGAAGCCCUUCCAUUUGUGGAGCAUGUGCAAUCAUCUGAGGAAGAAGAAAUCUCUAGAGAUUUGACUGGGAAGAUUGUAAAAUUUGAUCGGUCGAAGAAAAUCACAAAAAAAAAGACUAAGCGGAAGAGAGGCGUUGAAUUGGGAAUCACUGAAGAGCUCGUCACGAGAAGCGAAGUCGCUACUGAAGAAAUAGUCCCCAGUGAAAUGUUGAAAACUUUGUCAGUUGAUGAAACUGUCCAAGCGACUGGAAAAAAGGAAGUUUGUGGAGAGAUCACCAUUAAUCAAGAAAUUUUCACUGUUGAAAAACCGGAGAAAAUUAUUCCGACGAGAGUCGAUGAAAAGGGAUCGAUCACUUCAGAGUUUACUGUUGACGACGAAGAACCUAUUCAGAAAAUAGCCGCUGAUCAUACGGUGGAGAGUCUACCUAGCAUUGUGCCUGUUCAAGAAAAUGAAGAAGACGGAGAGAAUGCUGGUGAAAAGAUUAACGUUGCUGCAAAGAUAUCUGAUUUUGAACAGACGAAAAAAAUUAUGAAGAAGAAAAAUAUUCAAACGAAAGGUGUUCAACAGCAGGUCACAGAAAACUUGAUAGAAUCAAUACCUACUGUCGAACUAAUUCCGGAAGACGCCGUGGAAGCUCUUCCGUCUAUAAAGCUCAUGCAAUCAUCUGAGGAAGAGAAAACCCCUGCAGAGAUUACUGGAGAGAUCAUUAAGUUUGAUCAGCCUGAAAAACUCAUGCGCAAAAAGACUAGCCGGAAAAGAGGCAAUAACCAGAAGAUCACUGAAGAGCUCACCGUGAGAAACGAAGAGCCUAAUAAAGUAGUAGUCCUGGAUGAGAUAAUGGAAGCUCUGCCAGUUAUUGAACCUCUACAGCCAAUUGAAAAAGAGGAAGUUGAAGGGCAUUCCCCAGUUAAAAAGCCGGAGAAAAUCACGAAGAAAACAAUCAUUCGAAAUCAAAGUCAAAGGCUGGGGAUCACUGAAGAGCUCACUGUGGAUAGUAAAGAACCCACCGAGGAAAUAGUUUCUCAUCAUAUAGUAGAACCUCUAUCAGGUAUUGAGCCUAUACUAGUAAGUGAGAAAGAGGAAGGUCCUGAAGAGAUUACCGCUAUUCAACAGAUUUCCAUUGUUGGAAAACCGAAGAAAAUUACGAAGAAGAAAAUUAUUCGAAUGAAAGAUGUUCAAUCACAUAUCGCUGAAGAACUGACGGUGGGGAAAGAAAAUAGAGAGUCUACUACUACUAUCCACGGAGAAACGCCUGAAGAAUCGAUUCCGGAAGAUAUUCUGGAAGCUCUAUCACCUGUAAAACUAGUGCAAGUAACUGAGGAAGAUGGAAAUAAGAGUGAAGAGAUUACUGUUACAGAAAAGAUCUCCGCUGUUGGGAAACCAAAGCAAAUCGCGAAAGGGAAAAUUACACAAAAUAAAGGUGGUCAACGGCAUAUGACUGAAGAAGUAACAUUGGAGGAAGAAGGAGGGCAAUCCCUACCAAGACAAGACCUACCAGGUAUGAAGCCUGUGGCUGUAAUAAAAAAGGGCAUCUGUAAGGAGAUUACUGUGUUCGGCGAAAUGAGCAAAAUUGAGGGAUUGGAAAAAAUCCCGGAAGAGAUUAUUAAAAAUAAAGUUGGUACGGUUCAUGAGGUUGGCGGUGAGCAGCUGCUGGACGGAAGGGACGUGGAAAAAAUCGUCACUACUUUGAAUAAAACUACACAGGAAAUCUUUCCUGAAUACAUGGUUGAAUCCUCGUCGGCCAUAGGACCUAGAGAAACCGAUGGAGCAGUGAAAAUUCCGGAAUCCACUUCGCUUACUAAUGUCAAUAUGAUUUCUGAUGGUGUUAGUGAGCUCACGAAUUUCCAGCGAAUUGAUUCUAUACAAAUAAUACACAAAGAACCACUACAUUACACAACAAUAGUUCCAAAAGAGAUUGAGUCGUGCCCUCUAGGUACAACCAAGGAUUUCAUUCAAGAGAAUGUCCCUGAAAAACAUGUCGAAGAAUGGAUAUCCAGUCCCUCACUUGAUACAGUUACGGACCACGGUAUCAUGAAAGUAUUAGGAAAGGAAAGGUCAUUUGACGAUAUGAUGCAAAUAGCACACAUUGAUAUGAAUGAACAAUCAAAGAUGGAAAAUGAAGUCGUGCGCCUGCCAGCUGAACUUGUUAAGAUCGAAGAAGGCAUAAUUGAAACAGUAAUAACUCCAGAAAAAAUUAUAAUACGCAAGAAAUCAAUUGUUGAAAAUGCGAAAUUGCAAAGAAUGGUAGAGGAAAUAAUUGAAAAACCGAACGAAGAAAUCAAAUUACUAGAAGAUCAGAAAAUCAUGGAAAUUCGUGAAACUCCAUCUGAAAGAGUCAUUAAGAGAAAAAUUUUAUCUGCAAGUAAUACCACUAUUCCCAUGGAGGAAAUUGAGACCAUUAUCAUCCGAAAACUUCAAAUGGACCAAGCUGAGGCAGUUAUCCCGGGCUCUGAAAAAUAUGAUAUCACUUCACCACAUGUUGAAAAAGCACCUGAUGAAUCUACUGAAAUUCUAGUGGAAACUCUAGAGACUAUUGAGACGCCAACUAAGCGUAUAGUGAAGAAAAAAAAACUAAAGCCAUAUGACAUUCAUGAUACAACUGAAAUUGUUGAAGAGUCAAUCGACAAACCGAUUGAUGAGGUAAUUUUUAUGGAGGAACAACGCAUCAAGGAAAUUAUUGAAACUCCUGAUAAAAUAAUAAUAAAGAAGUUUAGAAGUACUUCAAAUGACGGAACGAUUCCUGAGGACGAAAUUGAAGAAAUUGUAAUUCCGAAGAUGAAGGGGGAAAAUGCUCAAGUUACAAUUGAUACAUUACGUACGCCUGAUAUUACCGAAACAUUUAUUGAGGAACGUCAGCCAAUGAAUAUAGUAGAAAUAAUCGAAACACCCCAGAAGGUUGUCUUAACAAAAAAGACCAAGAAUGAUAUGGUAGAUGCAAUAAAUAUUACAAUUCAUGAAGUAAUUACAAAACCUGAAGAACACGUUGCACUGUUUGAAAAACAACAAAUAGUUGAAACCUCGGAAACAAAAACUCAUAAAGUUAUUAAAAAGAAAAAAUCUGCUAUGAAAGCAGAUGGCAAGUUGGAAAGCACCAUUGAGGAAAUCGUUAUUCCUAAAUUGGAAGAGAGAAUCCCCAAACUUGUGGCAGAAGUGGAAUUCAGCGAGCAAAAUAUCAUUAAAACUAUUGAAACACCUAACCAAUUAAUCAUUGAAAGACGAAAAGAAUCAAAGGAAGAAGGACAACCCCAAGAAAUUCUUGAGGAAAUAAUUAUUAAACCGAUUGAGGAAAAUUCAUUUAUGAAUGAACAGCAGAUUUUACAAAUCAUCGAAACAGCUGAAAAUACGGUAAUCACGAGAAAAUCCACGGUCAUUAAGGAUGGUGGUAGUUCAGAUGAAAUUAUUGAAGAUAUUAUACUACCAAAAUUAGAUAUUGCAAAUGCUGUAUCUGUUACGGAGGAGUUGGACGAUGCACAAGUGACACUCAUGAAGCCUGAAAUAUUAAAACAAUCUGACAAGGAAGAGAUAAUUGAGAUAAUAGAAACGCCUUUAAAGAAGGUGAUCAAGAAAAGUAGGAGGUCUUCUGAAAAGAAACCCAAAGUUACAAUCGAAGAAGUAAGACUUAAGCCCACUGAUGAAAGAAAUUUAAUGGAAGAACAAAAAAUUAUUGAAAUUGUCGAGACUCCUACAAAGAAAAUAAUCCGAAAGAACAAAUCUAUACUUGAAGCCAUUGACCAUCCUAUAGAGACAAUAGAUGAAAUCAUUCUUUUAAAACCACCGGAAGAAAAAGCUAAACCAAUCACUCAUGAAUUGGAAACCGUAAGAAUCACUGGAAUAAAUAUAUUCCAACAACCUGAUAGAAUAGUGGAAAUAAUUGAAACACCCGAGAAACGAAUAGUUAAGAAGAUCCCAUCAUCUACUCCGGAUAACUAUCAAACCAUUACUGAAGAAGUUAUUGAAAAAACAUUGAAGGAAGGUAUCUCGAUGAUAGAACAAAACAUUUUUGAGACAAUUGAAACACCAGCAAAAACAAUCAUUAAAAGAAGAAUUGCUGCUACCAUAGAUGGUAACGAUGAAGAGGAAGUGAUUGAGGAAAUCAUAUUGUUAAAACCCAAGCAAGAAAAUGCGAAAUAUAUCACUGAAGACUUUGCAAGAGCAGAAAUUUCAUACACUCCGAUAAUUGAAGUGAUAGAAACACCAAAGAAUAGAAUCAUAAAACGCAAGGGUCUAAUAAUGACAAAUGAAAUUAUUCCUAAAUCUUUGGAAGAAACAAAAUUGAUGGAGCAACAACAAAUAGUGGAAAUCAAGGAAAAACCCAACGAAACUGUGAUCAAAAGAAAGUUGAUGGCAACUAUGGCCGAUGGUGUUCCGGAAGAAACUAUAGAAGAAAUUGUCCUGCCAAAAUUGAGAAAAGAGAAUGCUCGUCACGUGAUUGAUGAUAUUGGCACGGUAACGAUUACAGAAAUCAAUGUUCAUGGUGAUGUUCUCCAGGAAACAUUAGUUGAGACGGUUGAAACACCAUCGAAAGUUAUUUUGAAGAAGAAGAGAAAAAUUGUCAAUAAUGAUGAGCCUGAGGAAGAUAUUGAGGAAGUAAUUCUCAAACCAUAUGCAAGGGAUAAUCCGUUGGAGGCCCAACAGAUUAUUGAGAUAGUGGAAACUUCAAAAAACAAAGUAAUCAAGAGAAAAAAGCCCAUUACAGGGCAUAGUGAAUUGGAAUUUCCAGCCAAUGAGACAGAAGUUGUCGAAGAGAUUGUUAUCCAAAAGCCGAUAAAAGAACGAGUCGAAAUAGUUAUAGAACCGCUUUUGACGGCGAAAGUAGUACAGCCUCGUAUUUUCGAAAUAAUCGAAACUCCCACUGUCAGAAUUGUGAAGAGAAAGAAACCCACUACCAAUGAUGAGCCUGAUGAAGUCAUUGAAGAAAUUAUACAUAAACCCAUCCUAGAAACCGAAUUGAUGAAUAAACAUCAAAUAGUUGAAGUCAGGGAGUUACCAAUGGAAACUAUAAUCACCCGAAAAUCGAAUAUUAUUAAUGACGAGGGAGUCUUGGAAGAAUCAAUCGAAGAUAUUAUUUUACAUAAACCCAAACGAAGAUCAGCUGAAUUUAUUACUGAUGAAUUUGGUAUAUCAACAAUAACAAUAGUUGACAUUCAAGAAGGGCCUGUUGAAGAAGUAAUUAUUGAAACCAGAGAAACUCCAAUGGAAUUGAUCACAAAGAAGAAAAGAAAAUCAAUUAUAAGAGAUGAGCCGGCAGAGAUUGUGGAAGAAAUUUUCGUAAAACCUGCCGAUGAGAUUGAAUCAAUGAAAAGCCAACGCAUCCUUGAAGUUAUUGAUAACGCAUUUGAAAAAGUCAUAAAACUGAGAAAAUCUUCGAUACAAGAAGGAGAAACAAUGGAUGAAUCGAUAGAAAAAAUAAUUAUUCCCAAACUUUGCUUAGUGAAUGCAAUAGGAACCAUAGUGCCUUCCGAUAGAAUCGAUGUGAGUGAAUUAGUUGUUGGAAAAACUGGCGAAAAUGUAAAACAAGAUGAAGUUAUUGGACCUGACAUCCCCGUGGAGAGACUACCGGAGGAGAUAACAUCAGAGGAUAACAUGGUACAUGUCAAAUCACCCAUAAUUAAAAAGAAGUUGAGAAAAAACAUAAUGCCGAAAAAAGGUGAAAAAACGGUGACAUUCGAUGAAAAUGUGAUGACUUCCGAAAUUAUUCCAACGCAUAUGAUUGAGAAACCCAAAGGAGAAAAACAGCUUGACGAAAGCUGUAUUGAAAAUAUGGAAAUUUCACCUCAAGUUGAUGUUAAUGAAUCAUGUGAUAAUAAAGAACUUACUACGGAUCAGGAAGGAAGUAAUUCUCCCAAAAUUAUCAAAAACUCGAUCAAUACUCAGGAUGGUGAGCAAUCAACCAUUCAGGAAGUGUGUAAAGACCAAGGGCCAGUAAUGGACACGAAAGAGAAAAAAAUGAAGAAAAAGAAAAAGAAGCCUAUCAAGAAAGAAGAAUGGGAAGAAUGGAUAGAACCUGAAUAUGAGCGACCGGUACUGGAACCAAUGCCUGAAAAAAUUUCGUGGGAAUCUUCAAAAAGAAAAAAAGAUAAAAAGCCGGAUUCUGCGAAGAUCUCAAAACUUGUCCCUAACAAAAUAAUAAGAGGAACAAAUAAACCAACGCAAUUGAUUUAUAUGGAACCAAAAGAAGAAAUUCAAUUUGCCGCAAUAAAGUUGAAGAAAACCGCUCUGAUUAAAAAGAAAGAAACACCAAAUAUAAAAUUCCCAAAAAUUAUGCUUCGCAGCCGGAUUACCUUUCAUGGGGACUAUCCACCAAAAUUACAAUUUUUCAACGUAAUUUCUAUUGAACCAAAUCCACCUCAGGCUGGUAUUUUAUCACGAAAUGCUGAUGAGGCAUUGCAAAUUUUGAGAAAAAAGAUGAAAAAAAUCAAGAUACCUGAGAAAGAGAUUGUAGAAUUGGAAAAAUUAGAUCAGGACUUUCAAAAAUUGAAGGAAAUUCCACUCGAGGAAGUUCCAGAUAAAUCACUUUAUCAGCGGCAACCAAAGAAAUUGAAAGAAGAGCCGGUAUCAGCAAAAUCUCUGUUCAUUGGAAAAGGAAAAAUUCCCGAAAGUCCUCAACACAUUGUGGAAGAGGUUCAAUUGAAGAAAAUUCCAGAGCAGAAGCUAUUAGAUACUGAAAAAGAACCAACAAACUCGAAGAAAAGUGAAGAUGAGCCUCAAUUUAUGGAGAAAGAGGACGAGGCAGCAAAAGUGGAUCUCCAACAAGAAGAUUUAAAACCCCUAGAUUUUGCAAAACCUGAACUUGAAAAAUAUCAACAAGGAGAGAAGUUGCCAUCAAAAGAAGAACUCCCAGAUGAUGAGAAAAGAAGUUUUGUAAAACGUCCUACGAAAAAAGUGGAUCAAGAAAAAGAACAAAUACCUAUUGUACCUGGUAUUCCGAAAAUCCCUGAAGAAAAUGACCAACCAAUUGUUAAAUUUAAAAUACCACAGCGACCGAAGGCUGAGGAUGAUGAGAAACCGUUCAUUCCGAAGGGUUUUAUCAGAAGUGCACCAGAAGAAAACGAUACGAAGGAAUCCUUAGCAAUUAGUGUACAACCACGGCUGAGUGACUUGAAUAAAGAGGUCCAAGAGGAGGAUGAUGAACUUCCUGAUCAAAUUCAAGCAUUGCCAGAACCGCCUACGGUCAACCAAGAGAAGACUGUAACAAGAAGGAAACAUAAGAAAAAACAACCAAGUAAAAAAGAGGAUUGGGAAGAAUGGGUUGAACCAGAAUAUGUACGUCCUGUUUUGGAACCAAUGCCUGAGAGAAUUGAUUGGCAGCCUGUGACAAGAAAGAAGAAGGCAUUGACACCUCAUCGCCGUUCCUCUGACGAGGAAUCUCAAGAGGUCACUCCGGAGUUGGAGAUGAUUCAGAACGAGAAACCUCAGAAUGUUGUUGAAGAAGUAACAAUGAAGAAAAAACUGAAGAAAGUAAAAAAGAUUGAAGAAAAUUUGACUGAAGUUACAAUCCCGAAGCAAGAGACCCCCGUGUCCGAGGACAAACGGGAAGACGUCAUUGGGGAAGUAAUAUUGCCAACGGUUUCAACAAAAAAACCUCAGCACAUUUCUGAUGAUCUGAUAUUAAAGAAAAAGACUCAGGAAGAAUUAGACAUUGAGGAGAAAGACACUCAAGCCGCGGUUUCUACUGAAACCGCUGAAAAACGUCAAGAUAUUGCUGAUGAAUUAAUAUUGGAAAAAAAAACUAAGAAAAAAUUGAACAUUAUGGUACAAGAUGCUGACGUCACACUACCGGAACAGCCAAGUGCAGGGUCUGAGAACCAACGGGAAGAUGUUAUUGAAGAGGUGACUUUGGUACCGCUUUCUAAAAAGCAAUCUGAGGACGUUUCUGAAGAAGUUAUAUUGAAGAAAAAGGUAAGGGAAGAAACAAAAAUUGAAGACAGUUUUGCUGAAGUUACUCUUCCGAAACAAAAGAGCGCCGUGUCUGAUGACCAACAGGAAGACGUGAUUGAGAAAGUAACAUUACCAGUGAGUUCUAUCGAAAAACCUCAAGAUAUUACGGAUGAAUUGAUAGUGAAGAAAAGACCAAAGAAAAAACCGAAAAUAAAGGGAAAAGAUACUGAAGCCACACUACCGGAACAACCAAAAGCAGUGUUCAAGGAACAACGGGAAGAUACCAUUGAGGAGGUAAUCUUGAUACCCCUUUCUAAAGAGGAUGUUGCUGCAGAAAUUACGAUGGAGAAACAGCCUGAGAAAGAACCUACGAUGGAGGAAAAUUUUGCUGAAGUCGUUCUCCCAAAACGAAAAAGCAUCGUGGCUGAAGAUGAACGGGAAGAUGCGAUUGAAAAAGUAACAUUGAGUAUGAUUUCAACAGGAAAACCUCAGAAUGUUGACGAAGAACUAAUACUGAACAAAAAGUCGGAGGAAAAAUUGAAAAUUAUAGAAGAAGAUACUAAAGCCACAUUAAUAAGACAAUUAAGUGCGGUGCCCGAAGAUCAACGGCAAGAUGUUACUGAAGAGGUAUCGUCGAUCAUACUUUCUAAAGAGCAACCUCAGGACAUGGUUGCAGAUGUAACAUUGAAGAAAAAGCCAAAGAAAAAGAAAAAGGAUGAGGAAACGGGCACUAAAGAUAUACUACCACAACAAACAAUCACAAUGCCCGAAGACCAGGGAGAAGAAAUUAACGAGGUCACUUUAAUGACGGUCUCUGAGGAAAAACCUCGCAGUAUUGUCGAAGCAGUGACGUUAAAGAUGAAGCCCAAGAGAAAAAUUACGAAUGAAGAAAAUGUUAUUGAAGUUACUUUACCAACAAAAAUAAGCACAGUGACCGAAGAUCAACAGGAAGAAGUUAUUGAAGAGGUAAUAUUGAUGACGGUUCCUAAAGAGAAAUCUCCGGACGCUGCUAAUGAAGUAACAUUAAAGAAAAAACGGAAGGAGAAAGGAAAGACCAUAAUUGAGUCAAAUAUGGUUGAAAUUACAUUACAAAAUCAAACAAAUGUAGCGCCUGACGAACAUCAGGAAGAAGUUCCUGAGCAUAUCACAUUAGAGAAACUCCCUAAGAAGAAAAAACUUGAUGACGAUAUAAUUGAUCAUGUAACGAUAAAAAAGCGUCCUGUCAAAGUAUCGGAUGAGGGAAGAGAAGAAGUAACUGGAAAGAUAAUGCAAAGGAGAAUUCCAAAAAAGAAAUCAAUUAGUGGAGAGGAAGCAGACGAAGUUACAAUCCAAAAACCGAUAAUUUGUAUGAAACCAGAUGAAGAAUCGACUUCAACAUUUGAAGAAGUAACUUUUGAAGGGCCGUCUCCAACAAUUACUGAAUUGACAACAGAUGAGCAUGUUAAGCCAAGCUUGGAAGUAAAACCUCAAGAGAUUACGGAGGAAACGGUAUUGAAAAUAAAACCCAAAGAAAAAAUUGUGGAUGAGGAAGAUAUCGAUGAAAUUACAUUGAAAAAUCCGGAAAAAGUUAUGGAAAAAAUUACGGAAGAGCUAUCGCUGCCGAAAAAAAUACGCAAAACUCCAAAGGUAAAUGAAGAAUCGGAUGAAAUCAUGAUCAAAAAGCCAGUCAUUACACCACUUCAAAAGGAAGAUGGAGAAGAAUCAAUGGGAAAAUCUCAUGAAGAACCCAUUGAGAAUGUCGUUUUGAAAAAAAAGGUGAAGAAAGGGCUAGUGAAUCAAAAGACUGAUGAUCGAGUCACUAUAAAAAAAUCAAAGAUUGAUAACUCCAGAAAAGAACCUGAGGAAUUUAGUGAGGCGGUUACAUUGAUUAAGAAGCCGAAAAAAACCACUGAUGACGUAGAAGGUCAAGAUGAACUUACAAUAAAAAAACACAUAACCGACAUAUCAGGCGAAAAAUUAGAAGAAUCGAUACAGGAUGUAAAAUCGAGACAGCCAAAGAUCGAACCUGCGGAGAAAAUGAUUGAAAAUAUCACUAUCCAAAAAAAACGAGGGAAAAAACCCAAAGCUGUUGAAGAACCGGAAGAAAUGGAAGUCGUAAUGAUUAAAAAAUCGAAAGAGGCCGGCCAAAUUCCAGAUACACUUGAAAUCUCCGCUGAUAUUCAACUGAAGAAGGAAACAUCAUCGCUUGUUACUGAGGAUAAUGAUAACUUAAUCAUAAAGAAAAUUGAAGAACAAGUUGACAAGCAUGAUAACAUAAUUGAAAUUCCUGAAGUACAUGAAUCCGAAACAUUUGAUGAAUACAUAUUCAAACCUAAGCCGCCCAAAAAAGCGCCUAAACCUAUGGAAGAUAUUUAUGAAGAUGUAACAUUACGUAAACUUCGCCCCAAGAAGAAAUCUCGUCCGCAUAUUACAGAAAUUACAGAAACGGAAACUGUAACAUUCAGGCCUAGGACAACUAGAACAAAGGAAGAUGUCGAACAAGAAUUUAAAAUUUCACUUAACGUUUAUGAAGAAGAGGAUAUUUCAAUGUCAGGGAAAGUUCGAUUGAAACCGAAGAAACGAAUUCCAACAUACUCUGAAGAAGCCGGUGAAGAAACUAUAAAAAUUAUCAAAGGACCAGUAAAUGACGAUGUACCAAUUUUCGAAGAGAUCAUUUAUGAAUCAGAUGAUGAAACUAGAGAAGAAUACAGUAUGGAAGAACUUGAACUCGAUGAAUUUAAUCUUCCUCUACGAAGAAAAAGAAAACCGAGGAAAAUUCCUUAUUCUGUAGAAGAGAUUGAAGAAGAUGAUGUUAAAAUGAGGUUGAGAAGCAGCCGGAAAUAUUCGGUUGAGGAAGCUGACGAAUCAUUGGCACUUAAAUUGAAAUCGAAGCGACGGCCAUCUACUUAUGAAGAAGAAGGUGCAAUGCUUGAUAUAUCAAGAACGAGUGAUAUUUAUGAAGAAGACGAAGAGGAGUAUACAGUUAACGUAGGUGAUCGCAUGUUUUCCGUUUGUUCAUACAUUGCUGAAAAUGAUGAAGCUAUCAAUUUGAUAGAAGGAGAACAAGUUUCUGUUAUCGAAAACACAAACAGUGAUUGGUGGUUUGUCAAAAAACAUAUGACACAGGAAAAGGGUUGGGUUCCUGCGCAGUAUCUGCUUGACGAAAAACAUUACUCUAUAUAUUUCCAGAGGAAAUUGAAUGAGAGAAUCGAUAAACUUCCUGUUUUUGAGAAGCCAUUAAUGGGCAUGGAAACUUAUGCUCCUCGUUUCAUUCAAAAAUUACAGCCUAUACAUACCUCAGAUGGUUACACGGUGCAAUUCGAAUGUCAAGUUGAAGGACUCCCACGGCCUCAAAUCACAUGGUUUAGACAAACUGCAAUAAUUAAACCUUCAAAGGACUUCCAGAUUUAUUACGAUGAGGAUAAUACAGCAACGCUGAUUAUUAGAGAAAUAUUUGCUGAGGAUGCUGGAACAUAUACUUGUGUGGCUAAAAACGCCGCUGGAUUCGCAUCUAGCACUACAGAACUUACAGUUGAAGGACCAUUUUCCGAUCAUGGCUCUGACAUGACGGGACACUCAAGAAAAAGUUUGUCAAAAGAGUCUUCACUGGCAGAUAUUCUAGAAGGAAUACCGCCAACCUUUUCGAGAAAACCGAAAGCUAAAUGUGUAAAUGAAAAUACAGAUGUUAUUCUUGAGUGCCGAUUAGUUGCCGUACCAGAGCCGGAAAUAACCUGGUAUUAUGAGAAUAAUAAGAUGAUCAGUUCGGAUAAUAUUGUCAUCGUUACGGAAAGUGAUAUGCAUAUGUACUGCAGUAUAAUGAAGAUUACUAGAGUUCAAAAGCGACAAGAAGGCCGAUAUAAAAUCAUGGCUGUCAAUAGGGAGGGCGAAGCAAUUAUUGAAAUACCACUUAAAGUGAAAACCGGUAUGAAAGAGCCACCAGAAAUUUUAGAACCCCUGACACCUUUGAUAGUUCGAGAGGGAGAAACUGUUAUCUUAUUUACCCAAAUCGUUGGAACACCGGAACCUAUCAUUAAUUGGUUAAAAGAUGGUAAACCCCUUGAGAAUGUGAUUCCAAUCAAAGACGGUGAUAUGAAUAAGCUUACACUGAUUCAACCAAAAAUAUCGGAUAAAGGAGAGUACUCUUGCAUUGCUAUGAACGAAUGUGGAAUAAUCGAAACGAAGGCAAUACUUACCGUGGAAGAAGUUCCAACUGGAGCUCCAGAGCCGCCGUUAUUCAUUCAACGUUUCCAAGAAAUUAUUGUUCCGGAGAAAGAGACAUUCCAACUUAUUGCUAAAGUGACAGGCAAUCCUAUUCCCGAAGUUUUUUGGUUGAAAAACAACGAGCCAUUGAAAAAGUCACUGAACAUCAACGAGAUGUAUGACGGUGAGAACAUUGUGCUUGAAAUAAAGAAUGCAGAUUCUGAAGUUGAUUCCGGUGACUAUAAGUGUAUUGCCAAUAACUCCAUUGGAAAAGCAUCGCAUGGUGCCAAGGUAACUGUGGACGUCCCACAAGUAACAUUUACAAAAAUGCUUCAAGAACACAAAAUUGUUGAUGAAUAUAAGAUUUUGGAACUCAACUGUGAAACAUCGCAUACCGUUUCAACUACAUGGUGGCACAACAAAAGCGAAAUAAGUGGUAUGGAUCACCGUGAAGUAAUUCAAGAAGGUCGAAUCCAUAAGCUUCGCAUAAAAAAAAUAGGCACAAAUGAUGAAGGUGUUUAUACUUGUACUGUCAAGAAUCAAUCUACAACUUGUUAUGUAACAGUCAAACCAACAAAGCCUGAGUUUGUCAAAAAAUUACAAGAUUUGGAAGUUAUUGAAAAAAAUAUCGCUAUCCUGGAAGUAGAAAUAACAUCACAUUCUGCUGAUGUACUGUGGGAAAAAGACGGACAACCAAUAGAGCCAAAAGAGCAGCAAAUAGAAUUUGUGAAAGAGAACACAAUUCGUAAACUAGUAAUACGUAAUGCGUUGGUUCAUGAUGAAGGGGAAUACGCCUGUAUUUUACAAGAUGAACGCUGUACCGCCGACGUUACCGUAGUGGAAUUACCUCCAGAGAUUAUUACAAGGAUGAAAGAUGCUCGGAUCAUGGUGGGUGAUAAAGCCACUUUUGAAAUUGAAUUGACAAAAGGAGAUGCAUUGGUUCGUUGGUUGAAAGAUGGUCAAGACCUGCAAUUCUCCGAACGAGUAACAUUAUAUAUAGAUGGAAAACGUCAGAAAUUGAAAAUUUAUAAUGCAACUAAUGACGAUUCAGGUAUCUAUUCCUGUGAGGUUGGAUGCCAAACAUCAAAGGCAAGUCUUAUUGUUCAAGAACCCGGAGUUGAUUUUGUUAAAAAGCUGCCUGAAGUUACAUUAAUUUCUUUAGGUGAAGAUGUUGUACUCACUAUUGAAGUAUCUAAAUCGAAUAUUCCGGUUCAAUGGUUCAAAAAGGAUACAUUAAUUCAUGAUUCAGACAAGUAUAUCGUCGUUGAUGAAGGAACCGUUAAAAAACUGAUUGUGAGCGGAUGUUCGAUAGAUGAUGUUGUAGAAUACAGUGCUUGCAUACUCAAUAUGAAAACAACUACGAAGUUCAAAGUUGAAAUCACUGAAUUGGCUCCGAAAAUUCCUACUGAUACAACGAAAGUCUAUAAAAUAAGACAAGGAAGUAAUGUCCACUUACAAGUGCCUUAUUUUGCAUCACCGACACCAAUUCAUAAGUGGCUUGUAAAUGAUACCGUCAUUGAUGAAACUGAUCGAAUCUUCAAGACUUUAGAUGAUGAGGUGGCUCAUCUGACAAUUGAGAGAGUAACGAGAGAGGAUAUGGGAAUUUAUACCCUAAAACUUUCCAAUGCAUUUGGUGAAGCAACAAUAGCGAUAUCUCUUAUAGUUGGCCAAGAACCCGAUAGGCCUCAAGGACCAUUACUCGUUACUACUAUUGAAAAAGGUUCUCUGAUGAUGGAAUGGAAGCGACCGGAAUAUGAUGGUGGAUUUGAAAUUAUAGGCUAUAUAAUUGAAUCAUUUGAACCUUUAGAAGGAGUAUGGACACCAAUAAUAAACGUGGAGAGUAACGUCUGUAAUUAUAUUUUCAAUGAUGUACAUGAUGAUAUUGAAUAUAUUUUCCGAGUGAUGGCAAAAAAUGAAGUAGGCAUUUCCAAACCACUUGAAUCUAAGCCUAUCAUAGAGAAAGCAUGCUUCAAAGAACCUGGAAUCCCGAGGGGACCAAUAGAAAUAACAGGAAUGGCAAGGAAAUCAUUUACGCUCAAGUGGCAACAUCCGGAAUCUGAUGGUGGUUCUCCCAUUACCGAAUAUAUCAUAGAAAGAAAGCGAUUAUCAGAUGAAACAUGGCAAAUAGUAGGAAAAACAGGAGGCUGUAGUCCUUACAUUCAUGUAUCAAAGUUGAAACCGGAGACGGGAUAUCAAUUCAAAAUAACAGCAAGAAAUAAUAUUGGAAAAGGACCUCCGUAUUUGUCAGAGGAACCCAUCAUUUUAGGAGAUCGUAUCACCCCACCAUCUAGUCCGAUUGGCAUGAAUGUUACGAAUAUCACUAGUCGAAGUGUAACUCUAAAUUGGUCAUCACCAUCAAGUACUGGAGGCAGUCCAAUAACAGGUUAUGUCAUCGAAUUAACAUCGCUCAUCGAUAAAAUUCCCAAUUGGAUUAAAGUAGCAACAUUGGAUGCAACGACAUAUCAAUAUUAUGUCGAAAAUUUGAAAGAGAGUGAAUAUUCAUUUAGAGUAUUCGCUGAAAAUUGUAUGGGAUUGAGUUUGCCGACGGUUUCUGAAGCAGUGACUUUAAAAACUCAUGCAACUGUUCCAACGGCUCCAACGGCGCCACUCGAAAUUAGACAGAUUGCAGCGAAUACAGUAGUAAUUGAGUGGGGAAGACCGGAAUUUGAUGGUGGUUCACCAUUGGAAAAGUAUAAGAUCGCUAUCAAAGACACUAAAAAAACUAUGUGGAUUGAAGUUGGCUGCGUUCAUGCUGAUAUGCAGAAACUUCAUAUUAGAGAUCUCCAGGAAGGUCACGAAUAUUGGAUCAGAAUAUAUGCUAGUAAUGAGGUUGGACUUAGCGAAGCGUUAGAAUUGGAUGAACCAUUCAAAAUCGUCACAGUAUCAGAAUUAGCAGUGAUUGAACCACUGGCAGAGAUAACAGACAGAGGAGAAACUGCUUCCGUGAGCUAUAGUACUGAAAACACUAGUUCAUGGCUGAGAGAACAUAAUAUGGAUGCGGAUAUUAGCUCCUAUGCUCGUGCACGUCUAUUGAGAAAAGACGAAUAUUUCUUUAAAAUUUGGCAUUACGCUAAAAAAUUAUUCCAGUGAAAUACACCGUCAAAUAUUGCAAUUCUUCCUUUGUAUUGACGCAUUCUAUACUCAUCAUGACGAAUUGUUCAACUCGUAACUAAUUUCGAAAUAAGAAAAUGAAUACACGUAAGACAAAGGAGUGUAAUCAAUGAAAAUUCCAAGAAUUCGGGUAUAUGCAAAAUCAUAUGUUGGAGAGUGAACACCGUUAAUAAAAAAACAGCCUGAGAAUCGAAUUGAUGUAGAAGGCUGAUUGGUGAUAUGCAUAAGCCUGUGAAAAUAUUGAUUUUUCAUCUCAUCUUAGAAUGUCCGCUAGUAAAUGCAAUAGUGAUGCACGAUAUCAUAAUAAUCAUAAUUUAAAGUAUAUUUUGCUAUGGAGUUGUAAUUUGGAAAAAGUUUUCAAGUGAUUUGAAUGUGUCGAAGGAUAUUGUAAUUGGUUGAGUGAUAUUGGUCGAAUAUGAGACGAUAGGAAUAUAGGUGCAAAUGAGAUCGAUCAAAUCGACCAAUAUCCCAAUAUAUUGUAAAAAGUACUGUGAUUGAACAAGUUUGUAAAAAAAUUCAAAAUAAUAAAGACAUUUAAUUCGUUAUGCA